AGAGGAGUUCUCGUGUAGAAGGAAAAGGAGAGGAAGGGAGCACUCAGAAAGAGAGAGGCGAAGCAACCGAGAGGACGGUCGGCCAAUGAGACACCAGGCCGGCGAUGACGUCGUUGUUGUCUCACAUCCGAGUCUCACCAAAAGUCUUCUCCGGGUACCAGUUCGUCCGCGGUCUCCCGGCUGGACGAGGAGGUCGUCCUCAUCACCUAUCGUGUGGUCGCCGUUUUUUUUUUUUUUUUGGUUUCUUUCCUCGCGCAGUGAAACAUAAAUUCAGCCAAGAUUGCAUCCUGGAUACGCGGAGGGAUUGAGGCGGAAGGAGGCUGCUGCUGUCAGCCAUGGGGACGGCAAAGAUGAAACAUCUUUGGCCGUUGCUGACGUGGAUACUUCUAUCUUCGUAUCCGGUCGAAUCUCGCAAAGGACUCGGCCCUGGAUCGAGGCGAGAAGUAUUCUUCCUGAACCUCGAGGACGGCUACUUUGGCUGCCAAGUCAACGAGUCGACGGACGUCCUUCAGCUUCUCGAGCUCUCGAAGCUCUGUGACCAUCGCGUCGACUGCUUCCAGGGCGUGGACGAGCAGCGCAACAGGUUAAAGUGCACAGACGAUUGUACAAAAGAAGACGGCACCAAAUGUCAAAACGGUGUCUGUCUGGAUUCGGUCUGUCACUGUAACGAUGGGUUUGGAGGAUGUAACUGUCAAGUUCCAGAUGAGAACGAAUGUAAAUAUCGGCCCUGUGAUAUAUUUGCCCACUGUACAAAUACUCUUGGCAGCUUUCAAUGUUCCUGCUUUCCUGGAUACCGAGGCGAUGGCUUUCAUUGCGAGGAUAUCAACGAAUGCGACGAUCCCGCGAUCGCCGGGCGUUGCGUCGAGAAUGCCGAGUGUUGUAACCUACCCUCGAAUUUCCUGUGUAAGUGCAAAUCCGGCUACAUCGGCGACGGCGAGGUGCAUUGUGAAGACGUGAACGAGUGCGCGAUAGCAGGUGCAUGCGGCGACAAUACUGUGUGCCACAACAUACCCGGCAAUUAUACCUGCACGUGUCAAGACGGAUUCACGGGAGACCCGUUCAACAGUUGUAUCGAUAUUGACGAAUGCAAAUACGAGGGUGCCUGCGGAAGGGGUGCGUUAUGCGUGAACGUACCAGGCGCGCAUAAGUGUGAAUGUCCCAACGGAUACGAUGGAAGUCCCGAGGAGGAAUGCAGGGACGUUGACGAAUGCCUGAGGAGUCCUUGUGGACGUUCCGCUCUUUGCACGAAUGUACAUGGUAGCUUCCGGUGUUCUUGUCCCGAUGGAAUGGAUGGUGAUCCAAUGACAGGUUGCCACGAUGUGAACGAGUGCGAGAAAAGUUCGCCCUGCGGAGCGGAGUCGGAAUGCGUGAAUACCGAGGGUAGCUUCGAGUGUAGAUGCCACGUCGGCUACCGGAUGGAUUCCGCGCACAGUUGCGUCGACGUGAACGAGUGCAUCGGCGGAGAUGCUUGCGCGGCCAAUGCGAGGUGCAUCAACGUCCCGGGGUCGUACAAGUGCAUCUGUCCCCCGGGCUUCAUCGGUCAGGGACUAACCCGUUGCGAAAACGUGAACGAAUGCGAGCGCAACCCCUGCGGCGAGAACGCCGAGUGCAUCGACACGAUCGGCAGCUUCGUCUGCAGCUGCAAGGCGGAUUACACCGGCGAUCCUUUCAAGGAGUGCAGCGACAUCAACGAGUGCACGGCUUUGGAGAAUCCUUGUGGUAAGAACGCGAUUUGCAGGAACGAAGAACCUGGUUACAAUUGCCUCUGUCCGCCGGGGUACAGUGCCAGCCCUAGCCCCUCAGUCGCAUGUGAUCAGACCGACGUGACGACUCUCUGCAAAUCGAAUUUCGAUUGCGUUAACAAUGCCGAGUGCAUCGAGGGACAGUGUUUCUGCAAAGAUGGCUUUAAAGCCGUCGGUGCCGAAUGCGUAGAUUUGGACGAGUGUCUUACUAAUCCAUGUGGAUCUGCGUCGAUCUGCACGAACACUAGGGGAAGCUACCAUUGCGAGUGCGAGUCUGGAUUUGUUGGCACUCCGCCCCAUAUACCGUGUAAAGCACCGUGCGAUGAGGUAACUUGCGGCGAACAUGCCUUCUGUAAGGCCGACGGUCACGAAGCUUAUUGCAUUUGCGAAGAUGGCUGGACCUUUAAUCCAAACGAUAUAGCGGCUGGAUGUGUCGACAUAAACGAAUGCGAUGCGAUAAAUGGACCUUCUGGAAGAUGCGGCAAAAAUGCCAUUUGCACAAAUAUACCUGGUGGUUUUAGUUGUCAAUGUAAACUUGGAUACUCAGGAAAUGCUUUCAAGCAAUGCUUAGAUAUUGACGAAUGUUCCAAAUCCGACGUUUGUGGGCAUGGAGCAACGUGUACCAAUACUGAAGGUUCUUACGCUUGCACUUGUCCGGAAGAAACCAUACCGGAUCCCGAUCCUUACAUUAAAUGCGUUGGUAUAGUCAGAUGCGAAGUUGAUGACGAUUGUCCAGGAAACGCUAUUUGUGACCCACAAAAGAGAUGCUUGUGUCCCGAGCCUAACGUUGGAAACGAUUGUAGACAUCCGUGUGAAGACUUGUCUUGCGGACCUAAUGCUCACUGCAUGCUCUUGAACGACGUAGCGACGUGCCUCUGCAGUAAUGGUUACACUGGAAAACCCGGAGUAAAGGACGGUUGCCGAGAUAUCGACGAGUGUGCGAUAAAUCCGUGUCCUCCAGGCGCAAUCUGCAACAACGAACCCGGUUCCUUCUCGUGCCAGUGUCCGAGUGGCAUGACUGGUGAUCCUUACAGCGGCGGUUGCCAGGAAUCUAAAACACCUCACGUGUGUGGUCCCAGUUCACCCUGUCCAGCUGGAGAACAGUGCAUCAAAGAUGAAUUCGUGGGUAGCAGUGUGUGCAUCUGUCAACGUGGCUACACACGCGAUCACGAAACCGGUAAAUGCAGAGAUAUCAACGAAUGCAUGGAGCUCAGGGAGAAACCUGCCUGUGGUGUCAAUGCAAUUUGCAAGAAUCUUCCCGGUAGCUACGAGUGCCAGUGUCCACCAGGCUUCAAUGGAAAUCCCUUCUCACUUUGUGAAGAAUGCAACAGCAUAGAGUGUCAAUGUCAGCCACCGUACAAGAUCGUCAAUGGUAAAUGCAUGCUGGCCGGCUGUUCGAAAGGUGAAAAAUGUCCAAGUGGUGCCGAAUGUAUAACAAUUGCCGGUGGUGUCAGUUAUUGUGCUUGUCCCAAGGGCUAUACAACCAAGUCUGAUGGCUCCUGCGAAGAUAUAAAUGAAUGCAUCGUGGGUCACCAAGUUUGCGGUUACGGUGCCGAGUGUAUCAAUCUACCAGGUUCUCAUAAGUGCGUGUGUCCACAUGGAUACGGUGGCGAUCCGUACAAUGGGCUUUGCUCUCCGGCGCAGAAGAGAUGUACCAACGACAAUGAAUGCAAAGCCAACGAGAAGUGCGUGCAGCCCGGAGAGUGCGUGUGUCCACCGCCGUUCUACACGGAUCCUUUAAGUGGAAAUCUUUGCAAGAAUCCUUGCGAUCGUUUCCCGUGCGGUAUUAACGCGAAGUGCACGCCGAGCGAUCCACCGCGGUGUAUGUGCGAAGCCGGCUUCGAGGGUGAUCCACAGCACGGAUGUAUCGACGUGAACGAAUGCCUGAAUAAUCCUUGCGGACACGGUGCAUAUUGCAUCAAUACGAAAGGAGAUCACACGUGCGAGUGUCCGAGAGGCAUGAUUGGCGAUCCUUACGGUGCCGGCUGUACUGGGGUUCCAACAAGCAAGAGCGAGUGUGCGUCUAAUGACGAUUGCGAGAACUAUUUCGCAUGUGUUCAAGGAAGUUGUGUCAAUCCCUGCGACGUCAAUCACGUUCCUUGCGGUCCCAAUGCAUAUUGUGAGCCUGAUAAACACGCGCCGUGGUGCAGAUGUGUGAUAGGCUUCACGGAAGGCAAAAAUAAUGAAUGCGUGUCACAAUGCGACGGUUUUGUUUGCGGCACCGGGGCUCAAUGUAUCGUUAGCUACGACGGGCCAACUUGUAAGUGUAUCGAAGGUUUCAUAGGCAAUCCUUUCCCUGGUGGACAGUGCGUUCCCGAUGUCUGUUCUCCUGAAAUUCCAUGUGCCGAACCGAGUGUGUGCAUCAGCGGACGUUGUAAACGGCGCUGUGAAGGAGUGAUUUGCGGCAUUGGAGCCAUGUGCGAUCCUUUAACGAAUAAAUGCGUGUGCAACCCCUAUUUUGUCGGAAAUCCUGAUCUGCUGUGUAUGCCGCCUGUCCAACCACCACACUGCGAUCCAUUCUGCGGGAAAAAUGCGCACUGCGAGUAUGGUCUUCAAGAAUCAAAAUGUGUCUGCAAUCCGGGUACUAGUGGGAAUCCUUACCACGGCUGCGGCGUUCAAGAAAAGUCCGAUUGUUCUACUGCAGUGUGCGGAAAAGACGCGCACUGUAACGCAGGUCCCCAUGCAAUCGAGUGUCUCUGUCCAUCUGGCUUCGCUGGCAAUCCAUACAUUCAAUGCUUCGAUAUCAAUGAGUGCAACGCAAACGCAUGCGGCAGCAAUGCGGUGUGCAUCAAUACUCUUGGCAGCUAUGACUGUCGCUGCAAGGACGGCUUCUUCGGUAAUCCGUUUGUCGGAUGUCAGCAAGUACAAGUUGGGCUAUGCUCUGAUCCGUCGACUUGCGUUUGUAGUAGCACUGUACCAUGCCCCUUCGAUUACACCUGUGUCAAUCACAAAUGCAUAAAUCAGUGCAGCGAUGUAAAAUGCGGUCCCAGAUCCGUCUGUCAAAAUGGAGUGUGCAUAUGUCCGCCUGGUUAUAGCGGCAAUCCCAACGAUCUGCACAAAGGUUGCCAUUUACAUGGUCAUUGCUCAAACGACCUUGAGUGCGAGCCGCAGGAGAUCUGCUUCCAGAUCGGCAAAGGUGUCCGCAAAUGCGUAGACGCGUGCAGCAAACUGCAAUGCGGGCCUAACGCAUUGUGCAUCACACAGCACCAUGUGUCCUCCUGUUUGUGCAUCGAUGGUUACCAGGGCAAUCCGAGCAAUCUGGUCGAAGGUUGCCAGCCGUCCAAGUCCGUGAUAUCUGGAUGUGUACACGACUCGGAUUGUCCACAAGGCUCCUUCUGCAUUACCCUGGAUGGCGGCGUACGUAACUGCAUAAAUCCUUGUAGUAAAGUGGUGUGCGGUGCCUAUCAAAAGUGUGAACCCGACAUUGUACCUGGUCAUGCCACUUGCAAGUGCCAGGACGGCUACGAAUGGAAUCCGGUGCUGUCGUCUUGCGAGAAGCCAUCGGUGCCUGACUGCAUAAGCGACGACGAUUGCCACUCAAGCGAGGGUUGUAGACCAGACGCACUUGGUGUACUGAAGUGCAUGUCGCUUUGCGACGGUUUCACUUGCACCGUGAAUUCCCGCUGCGUGGCGGAGCACCAUCAUGGCCAGUGCGAAUGUCUACCGGGCUACACCGGCAAUCCGAAUGACCGCCGAGGCUGUCAUAGUCCACGCGAGAACCGUUGCUCCACAGAUAGCGAGUGCGCGGAGGAUCAAACGUGUCGCAGCACUCCGGAUGGUCCGCUCGCUUGCCAACUGGUCUGUGACUUCGUCACCUGCGGUCCCAACGCGCUCUGCGUCGUCAACAAUCAUGUGGCGAACUGUGAGUGUCCGCCCGGACAGUAUGCCGGCGAUCCGAACGACUCAACGUCCGGAUGCCGUGCGGUGCCUUGCGUCUACAACAUCGACUGUCCACCGACGCAACUCUGCAAUCGGCUCACGCACACCUGCUACAGUGUUUGCGACGAGAAUGCGUGCGGCGUGAACGCUGUCUGCAUCGCUGAUGAUCACAAGGCGAUCUGCCAAUGUCCGCCUGGGCUUCGUCCAAACCCGGUACCCGACGUCGAGUGUGUUGCCGUGGAAACGUGUCAUCCAGAUUCUUGUCAUCCUACAGCGCUCUGCGUCGCCGGUCCAACGAAUGAUCCGGUGUGCCGGUGCCCGCCGAAUCACGUGGGCGAUCCUUACGUGAACGGCUGCCAGCCAGAAGGAUAUUGCUCCGGUCCCAAAGACUGCCCGGUGCAUUCCGUCUGCCACGAACAUCGCUGCAUUAAUCCAUGCGAGAAUGCCUGCGGUUCCAACGCACUUUGUGAGAUCGUGAAUGGUCAACCGAGCUGUAAAUGCAUCCACAGAUUCGUACCCUCCUCGAGGGGUCCGGAACACGGCUGCGUGCGGGGUACCAAUUGGUGCACGGUGGACGCCGAUUGCAUCGACAGCGUCUGUCUCGAUGGACAAUGCAGAGCUGUGUGUCGUUCAGUUGCUGAUUGCUCAGAUGGAGAGAAAUGUAUUAACAACAAGUGUAUGGUAUCAUGUGUGGCACAUUCUCAAUGCCUGGUGGAUCAGGCAUGCGUUAGUGGAGGAUGUAUUCUCGGCUGCCGCAGUAAUAAAAACUGCCCGACUACCGAAUCAUGUAUCAACAACAAAUGUCAAGAUCCUUGCAGUAGAAAGGAUGUUUGUGGACCAAAUGCGAUCUGCAGUUGCGCGAAUCAUGCGGUCGCGUGUACAUGUCCUCUCGGCUUCCACGGCAAUCCUACUCCAGAGCAAGGUUGCGUUCGAGUGCCAAACACGUGCCAAACUCCGCAAGACUGUCCCAGCCAGCAUCUCUGCGUCUCGGGAUUGUGCCAGUGCCAGUGUUCGGAACAGAACAAUUGCGCGCAGGGCGAGCGCUGUAAGAAUGGCAUUUGCGUGAAGAUAUGUUACAGCGAUAGUAAUUGUCUGCCCGGCGAGUUAUGUAUUGACGGCGUGUGCGAGGCGGGUUGCACCUCGGACGUCGGCUGCAAACGCGACGAAGUGUGCGUUAACAACAAGUGCAGAUGCAGCCAUGGAUUUAUUGCUGGUCCGGAACAUUGCUUAGACAUUAAUGAGUGCGAAGAUCAACCAUGUCAUCCGAGUGCCGAAUGCAUUAAUCUUCACGGAUCUUAUCGUUGCACGUGUCCUCAUGGCACCGCGGGUGAUCCUCUAGGAUCAGGCUGCGUGCUGCCGCAUCAAUGCACCGUGCACAGUGACUGUCCUGAUACUCAGGCCUGCGUCCAACAUAACUGUUCGGAUCCAUGCUCUCUUGUCGACUGCGGUUUAAAUACUAUUUGUAGCGUUCUGGAUCAUGCGGCUGGUUGCCAAUGUCAGCCUGGUUACAUCGGUGAUUCCUCAGGAUGUUUUAAAGUAGAGUGCCUUUCUAACACCGAUUGCCCAACGGAUAAAUAUUGCAACCAGGAGACCAACAAAUGUAGCAGUCCUUGCAAUCAAGUAAACUGUGGAUAUGGUAAUUGUGUAGCCAUCAAUCAUAUCAGCAUAUGUAAAUGUUAUCCUGGUUUCGUUCUUGUCGGCGAUAUCUGCACCGAUGUUAACGAAUGUUUGCAAAAUCCUUGCCAUCUCUCAGCUAUAUGCCAGAAUGCGGAAGGAUCGUUCGCUUGUAUUUGCCCUCAUGGUUUAGUAGGGGAUCCAUUUAAAACUGGUUGUAAGCAACCCGGUGAUUGUUUCACGGAUUCAGAUUGUCCGAAUUCAGCUGCUUGCAUCGAUAACAGAUGCACCAAUCCAUGCGACGCACCAAGCAUUUGCGGUAGAAACGCAGAAUGUAUUGCACGUGAUCAUGUUCCGAUCUGUAAAUGUCCCGGACAAACUACAGGAAAUCCAGCAACGGAAUGUAUUCAUCUGGAAUGCAAUUAUCACAGCGACUGCGGUCCAUCAGAUGCAUGCUUCGAUCACAAGUGUGUCGAUCCUUGUUCCCUUUCGAAUGUUUGCGGGCAUGGUGCUGAUUGUUCUUCGCUUAAUCAUAGUGCAGUAUGCACCUGUCAACCUGGCGGCACGGGUGAUCCAAAUCUUGGGUGCACUCCACUUCAAUAUUGCAAGAGUGACUCGCAAUGUGCGACUGGUUCAGUGUGCAAUGGAGGAAUAUGCACAGCACUCUGUGGAAGUACAAGAGACUGCAUCGGCGACCAACUCUGUAUCAAUGGUCUUUGUCAGCCUACCUGCAGAAGUAACUCUAGCUGCCCGGAAUAUCAAUACUGCCAUAAUAACAUAUGUGUUCAAGAAUUACGCUGUAUAUCAGAUAACGACUGCUCAUACGACGAAAAAUGUAUUAAGAAUAAUAUUGGACAGGCGGAGUGUCGUAGAGCUUGCGACAUAAUACUCUGCGGCCGUAACGCCGAAUGUAAGGCUGAUAAUCAUGCCGCGACGUGUUCCUGUAAGCACGGCUUCUUUGGAAACGCUAGAGACGACAAGAUUGGCUGUCAACCUAUCGAAUGUGAGGUCAACGAUGACUGUACACAAGAGAAAAUCUGCGAUCAUCAUAGAUGCAGAAUUGCUUGUCUCGCGCACAAUCCUUGUGGCGUGAAUGCUAUUUGCACAACAGAGAAACAUGUUCAGGUUUGCACCUGCCAACCUGGAUACACGGGAGAACCCACACGUGCUUGCAAGCUGAUAGAUUAUUGCGCCAAUACACCUUGCGCACCAGGCGCAUUAUGUGAAAAUACGCGAGGGCAUUUCAAAUGUCACUGCCAACCCGGUACAGUUGGAGAUCCUUAUAACAGUGGCUGUCAACCGCCGGUAGAAUGCCUUCAGGAUGCGGACUGUCCAUUAACUGCCAAAUGUGUCAAUAUCAAUAAUGUUCCGAAAUGUUUUGAUACUUGUGCACGUAUCCGGUGCGGUCCAAACGCAGAUUGUGUCGCGAGCAAUCAUGCCGCGAGUUGUCAGUGUCAUCCCGAUUACGAAGGAGAUCCUAAUAAUCUGAGCGUAGGAUGUCGUCCGAGACCAGUAGUCUGCUCGUCACAAAUUGAUUGUUUGGUGAACACUUAUUGUUACGAAGGCAUUUGUCGACCAUCUUGUCAAUCGGACGAGGAAUGUAACUUGUCCGACGUUUGCUUGAACGGGCAAUGCUUAGAUCCAUGCGACGUGAGAGGAACUUGCGGCAUAAAUGCCGAAUGCAAAGUCAGAAGUCACAUUAAACAGUGCAGCUGUCCACCAGGCUUCACUGGCAAUUCCGAAGUAGAAUGCGUAAGAUUGCCAAUAUCUUGCCUCGCAAGCGGGGACUGCAACGCAGGCAAUACCUGUCGCGAGAACGUUUGCUUACCAAUCUGCAUCGUUGACGAUGAAUGCGCGUUAAAUGAGAAGUGCAUCCGUGGCAAUUGCUUGCUGACUUGUCGACUGGAUAACGAUUGUUUCUUGGGUCACAUUUGUUUGAACAACAUGUGCUCGUUUGGUUGUCGCGCGGACGAAGAUUGCAACGCGAAUGAGGCUUGUUUAGGAAACAAGUGCUUGAAUCCAUGCGAAGCUACACCCUGUGGACCAAACGCCAAGUGCACCGUCUUUAAUCAACGUGCCACAUGCUCUUGUCCUCCUAGUUUUAUACCAAACCCGACCGCCAAGGUUGCGUGUCUGAGAACGCCAGGUCCGAUCUGCCAGGCUAAUCGAGACUGUGCCGUAGGCACGGCUUGUAUUGCUGGUAUUUGCACACCUGUCUGCUCAUCCAACGCGAAUUGCUUGAGCAACGAAAGAUGCGAUAGCUCCGGCAUUUGCAAAUCGCUUUGUAGACGAGACGAAGAUUGCAGAAGCGGUGAGAUUUGUGAAGGGCUGGUAUGUAUUUCUGGUUGCCGGGCGGACAUCGAAUGUCAAGACAGUUCUUCGUGUAUAAACAACCAGUGUAUAGAUCCGUGCUCGUUGGCUGAUGCCUGUGGUGUAAACUCCAAAUGUACAACCGUCAAUCACCAAAAGAUAUGCACGUGUCCAUCGCCUUUGGUGGGAGAUGCUCGUAUUGGUUGCAAACAGACAUUCCUUCCUUGUUCAUCUGACUUUGAAUGUUUACCAGGACAAACGUGUUACGGCAAAUCAUGCUAUUCCACAUGUAAAAGUGACGCGAAUUGCUUGAGCGAUGAACGGUGUGACGGCGGCAUUUGUAAAGCGAUAUGUAACAGCGAUGACCACUGCAUCGCGAAUCAAAUAUGUCACAAUCGCAUGUGUGAUAUUGGAUGUCGCAGUGAUAACACGUGUCCGGGCGAUGAGUCUUGUAUCAACAAUCAAUGCAGAAGUCCAUGCGAAGGUGGUAAGGCGUGCGGUGAGUGUGCCGGCUGUCGGGUAGUUAAUCACGUAGCUCAAUGUAGUUGUCCAGCGAAUUAUUACGGCAAUGCUUUAAUCAAUUGCGCCAAGACCAUGAUUCCUUGCGACGGCUCGUGCGAGUGCGAUGAAAUUGGCUUUUGCACCACUAGUUGCCACCGUGAAAACGAUUGUUCUUGCGGCGAAGUAUGUCAUAGCGGCAAAUGUCGCAUCAAGUGCGAUAUUAACAACGCGUGUCCAAAGGGUUACGUAUGCGAUGGAGGUUUAUGCCUGGUCGGUUGUCGCACCCACUCCGACUGCCCGUCGUCAUUGUCGUGCACAAAUGGCCAGUGUGAAAAUCCAUGUUCUGCUCAUGGAUCGCCUUGCGGAAUAAAUGCACUUUGCCGUGUCUCGAGCCAUCGUGCGGUGUGCUUAUGUCCAGAAGGCUACCAAGGCGAACCGAGUCAGGAGUGUUAUCAAUUGGAGUGCCAUCACGAUGAUGAUUGCGAACUAAACAAACAUUGCAGCGAAUAUGGAGUUUGUACAAAUCCAUGCUUACAGCACAACGUCUGUGGUUUCAAUGCGCAAUGUCGUGUGAUCAAUAGGAAGGCACAAUGCUCUUGCCCGCCAGGACACUUUGGCAAUCCGAAGAUCAACUGCAAGAAAGGCGGGGACGAAUGUCUACGAAGACCUUGCGGCAUUAACGCUAAAUGUCGAGAGUCUCUGAACGGUUUCGAAUGCACAUGUGAUCCAGGGUGCCACGGCGAUCCACAUCAAGUGUGUCUCUGCGAUGGUGAUCUUUGCAAGGACACUCGUUGCGGCAUCAAUGCAGCCUGUCGAAUUUAUAAGAAUCAGCCGCAGUGUUAUUGCCCACCAAAUAACCCAUCGGGCGAUCCAAUGCACGCAUGUAGCUCAGAUAAAGAUUUAGGAGACUGUCGGACGAAUGGAUGCGGAAAGAACGCAGAGUGUAUUAGGGACGGAGCUAUCUUUGUUUGUCGAUGUCCACCAGGUACAAGCGGUUCACCAGAUAUUGAGUGCACAACAGAGCGCGAAUGCACCAGCGACUUAGAGUGUCCCAAUGAAAAAGCCUGCAUAAAUCUACAAUGUCUGGAUCCGUGCGCGCUACGCGGUGCCUGUGGAAUCAAUGCCCUGUGCCGAGUGGUUCUGCACAAGCCGCGUUGCUCGUGCCCACAGUGCUAUAUUGGCAUGCCCCAUACGGCCUGCCAUCCAGAUUCCAAAUGCGACACGCUCAAUCCCAAACCUACGCCGAGCAUCGGUUGCUCCUCCGAUUACGACUGUCCGGAGAGUCUCUCUUGCCACUCGCAGACAGGCGAGUGCCGCGAUCCGUGUUUGAGUUCUCGGUAUACCUGCGAAGUCAACAAGAGGUGUCAGGUGCGGAAUCACAAACCUAUGUGCGUUUGCAAAUACGGCUUCGUAGUCAACGAAAUCGGGGAAUUGACUUGCGCUCCUGACACGCUUACCUGCUCGAGAGACUUUGAUUGUCCCUCGAAUGCCGCGUGCGUCAAUGGGAAAUGUCAAAAUCCCUGUAACGUGCGAAACAAAAGACCGUGUCCGGCUGAUAAGACCUGCGAUGUCCUGGACCACCGUCCCGUGUGCAUUUGCACCAAAAACUGCAAUCCCUCCCUCUCCAUUUGCCUGCGAGACAGUGGCUGCUCUCCAGACUUGGCGUGCCGCAACUAUCGCUGCGUGGACCCAUGCAGAAACUCUACCUGUCCGGCUGAUGCCCCCUGUUACGUGGAGGAGCACAAGCCUAUCUGCAAGUUCUGUCCCCCCGGCUUUGUGCCAGAUACUAAAUACGGAUGCAUGAAAGCAGUUCUUCAUCCCAUGCCCAAGCCAGUUUGCGAGUCCGAUGAUGAUUGCAGCGACGCAGAAGCCUGCGUCGAAAGCUCCUGCGUUGAUCCCUGUAUCAACGGGUGUCAACUGGCAGUUCAGUGUCGGGUUGAAGCGCACAGGCCUAUUUGUAGUUGCGAUCCUAAUGACAAACGUUUACCUGGUGGUACAACGUCCUUGCCUUCUAUAUAUUUAGAUCAUACAUUCGAAACUACGUUACAAACGACAGCGGAUACUAGCAUUCCGCAAGUCACAUCACCCAUUUCUACUACGGAGAUGUUAACCGUUAUAUACACGGAGGAAAGUACGAUUGCUUUAGCUGACGUUACUGAAAAUAUGGAAAAUAUUACUACUAAAACGACUGAAUCAGAUAUAAUGAUUGUAUCAACAGAAAUUACUACUGAAUCUCCAGAAAGUACAACUGUAUCUUCGAUAUUAAGUACAACCGAAAUUAAUAUUUUAAAUGAUACUUUGAUUUCAACGAACGUUGAUGCUUUAGAAAAUAUAACAUCCAAUCUUUUUACUACUUCAACGUUUGAAAGUACUGAUUUUGACGUUGAAACUACUUCAAAGGAAUAUACAACAACAACACGUACUGUUACUUCUGAAGUCGAACAAGCUACGUAUACUACUUCAAUUUCUUACAAUACAGAAGAGACUGUUACAGGAAAUGUAUCUUCUUUUACUGUAUCUGAGACAACAGAGAGUGAAUUUGAAUUUGGUUAUGGAGAAAAUGCUACAACAACCGAAAUAACUGAAACAACUACCCUUCAAAAUGUCACUGCCACUUCUCCAGUUACAUUUAGUCAUACCGAAAUAACUGAUUUUACUAUUUCUGGCAUGAGUACUGAAACGACUACACUUUCUAAACCAACGGAAGCAAGUAGUACUAUUGAAGUUCCUGAGAAUAUAACUACAGUUCCUACCACCGAAGUUCCUAAUGUAAGUGAUGAAGAAAUUUUCACAGUAGCAACAACUACACAACUUUUUACUACGCCUACGCAGUAUCCUAUUACCACAGAGUUAACUGUAAAAUCGUUAAAAGAAAUUACUGAAACCCACAUGGAAAGUACCACUAGUACAAUGACACCUUUUACGCAAGUAAACCAUACGAUGUCAUCUCCGAAUAUCUUAGAGGAGACCGAAACAUCUACAAUAAAUAUUGAACAUAACACUGGUAAAGAAAUUACACAAGAAUGGAGUACUGCAAAAACUAGUUUGUUUACAACUGAACCAUAUGUAAACGAUACUACUCUAUUUUCUUUUAUUACAUCUGAGUCUCCCACAUUUACGACAAAUAUUAUUGAGGUCAAUAAUACUUACAAAGGUACUGAUAUUUCUACCACCGAACAAUCUUCUACUACUGAUUACGUCACAUCUCACUUUACCACGAAGGAAUACUCGACAGAACAGUACACUACAUUAAAACAUUAUACAACUGAAGAAUCUACAACUAAAGAAACACAGUUUACUACAGAACAUUAUAACACAUCAGGAUAUACCACAGAGGAAUAUUCUACUACAGAACAAUUUAAGACGUCAGAACAAUAUACUACGUUUGUACAAUCUACUGAGCAAAUCUCUACUACAGGGCACUACAACACAUCUGAAUAUUCUACAGAACGAUAUCCUAUGACAGAACAGAUUACAACAUUAAAACAACCCAUAGAACAAUAUACUACUUCGAAACAAUACGCUUCAACUGAGGAGUCUACAGAACAGAUUUCUACUACAGAGUAUCGUACAUCAGAACAUUCCACCGAAGAAUAUUCUACUACAGAACAGAUUUUCACUACAAAGCAAUAUAGUACGCCUGAGUAUUCUACAGAAUAUUCUACAACAGAACAAUUUAGAACAUCACAACCUACAGAACAAAUCUUUACUACGAAGCAAUAUAGCACGUCUGAGUAUUCUACAGAAGAAUAUCUUACAACAAAGCAGUUUACAACAUCACAACAACCUACAGAACAAUACACUACUUCGAAUCAGUAUUCUUCAACUGACCAAUCUACAGAACAGAUCUCUACUACAAAAUAUGGUACAUCUGAAUAUUCUACAGAAAAAUAUGCUACAACAGAGCAGUUUGAAACAUCACAGCAACCUACAGAACAAUACACUACUUCGAAUCAGUAUUCUUCAACUGAACAAUCUACAGAACAGAUCUCUACUACAAAAUAUAGUACAUCUGAAUAUUCUACAGAAGCAUAUUCUACUACAGAACAGUUUAAGAUGUCAGGGCAAACGGAACAAUAUACUACGUUUACACAACCUACAGAACAAAUUUCCACUACGAAGCAAUAUGGCACAUCUGAAUAUUCUACAGAAGAAUAUCCUACAACAGAGCAGUUUGAAACAUCACAGCAACCUACAGAACAAUACACUACUUCGAAUCAGUAUUCUUCAACUGACCAAUCUACAGAACAGAUCUCUACUACAAAAUAUGGUACAUCUGAAUAUUCUACAGAAAAAUAUGCUACAACAGAGCAGUUUGAAACAUCACAGCAACCUACAGAACAAUACACUACUUCGAAUCAGUAUUCUUCAACUGAACAAUCUACAGAACAGAUCUCUACUAUAAAAUAUAGUACAUCUGAAUAUUCUACAGAAGCAUAUUCUACUACAGAACAGUUUAAGAUGUCAGGGCAAACGGAACAAUAUACUACGUUUACACAACCUACAGAACAAAUUUCCACUACGAAGCAAUAUGGCACAUCUGAAUAUUCUACAGAAGAAUAUCCUACAACAGAGCAGUUUGAAACAUCACAGCAACCUACAGAACAAUACACUACUUCGAAUCAGUAUUCUUCAACUGACCAAUCUACAGAACAGAUCUCUACUACAAAAUAUGGUACAUCUGAAUAUUCUACAGAAAAAUAUCCUACAACAGAGCAGUUUGAAACAUCACAGCAACCUACAGAACAAUACACUACUUCGAAUCAGUAUUCUUCAACUGAACAAUCUACAGAACAGAUCUCUACUACAAAAUAUAGUACAUCUGAAUAUUCUACAGAAGCAUAUUCUACUACAGAACAGUUUAAGAUGUCAGGGCAAACGGAACAAUAUACUACGUUUACACAACCUACAGAACAAAUUUCCACUACGAGGCAAUAUAGCACAUCUGAAUAUUCUACAGAAGAAUAUCCUACAACAGAGCAGUUUGAAACAUCACAGCAACCUACAGAACAAUACACUACUUCGAAUCAGUAUUCUUCAACUGAACAAUCUUCAGAACAGAUCUCUACUACAAAAUAUAGUACAUCUGAAUAUUCUACAGAAGCAUAUUCUACUACAGAACAGUUUAAGAUGUCAGGGCAAACAGAACAAUAUACUACGUUUACACAACCUACAGAACAAAUUUCCACUACGAAACAAUAUAGCACAUCUGAAUAUUCUACAGAAGAAUAUCCUACAACAGAGCAGUUUGAAACAUCACAGCAACCUACAGAACAAUACACUACUUCGAAUCAGUAUUCUUCAACUGAACAAUCUUCAGAACAGAUCUCUACUACAAAAUAUAGUACAUCUGAAUAUUCUACAGAAGCAUAUUCUACUACAGAACAGUUUAAGAUGUCAGGGCAAACAGAACAAUAUACUACGUUUGCACAACCUACAGAACAAAUUUCCACUACGAAGCAAUAUAGCACAUCUGAGUAUUCCACAGAAGAAUAUCCUACAACAGAGCAAUUCACAACAUCACAGCAACCUACAGACCAAUACACUAUUUCGAACCAGUAUUCUUCAACUGAGCAAUCUACAGAACAAAUUUCUACUAUCAAAUAUUAUAGUACACCUGAAUAUUCUACAGAUGCGUUUUCCACUACAGAACAGUUUAAGGUGUCAGAGCAAACAGAACCAUAUAGUACGUUUGCACAACCUACAGAACAAAUUUCUACUACAGAACAUUAUAAUAUAUCAGAAUAUUCUACAGAAGCGUAUUCCACUACAGAACAGUUUAAGAUAUCAAAGCAAACAGAACAAUAUACUACGUUUGCACAACCUACAGAACAAAUUUCUACUACAAAGCAAUAUAGCACAUUUGAGUAUUCUACAGAAGAAUACCCUACAACAGAACAGUUCAAAACAUCACAGCAAUCUACAGAACAAUAUACUACUUCGAAUCAAUAUACUUCAACUGAAGAAGUUACAGAACAGAUUUCUACUACAGAACAUUAUAAUAUAUCAGCAUAUUCUACAGAAGCGUAUUCCACUACAGAGCAAUUUAAGAAAUCAGAACAAACAGAUCGAUACACUACGUUUACGCAACCUAUGGAACAAAUCUCCACUACAAAGCAAUAUAGCACACCUGAAUAUUCUACAGAAAUAUAUUCUACCACUGAACAAUUUAAAAUAUCACAAGAACCAACAGAACAAUACACUACUUCGAAACAAUACACUUCUACUGAAGCGUCUACAGGACAGAUCUCUACCACAAAAGGGUAUUCCACUACAAUAGGAUUUAAGACAUCAGAACAGCCUACCACAUUUGAUCAGUCUACAACAAAGCUCUCUACUACAGAACAGUACAGCACAUCUGAACAGUUUAUUACAUCUACGCAGUCGACACAAUAUAAUAUAACUGAAUAUUCCACAGAAGAAUAUUUUACCACAGAGCAAUUUGUUACAUCUGAAAAAUCUACAGAUCAGUAUCUGACUACAGAAUAUUUUACGACGUCUGAAAUUAUUCAGAAAACAGAUAUAUUUUGUACCUUACAUACAGAUUGUACCGAAUGCGAAAUUUGUAUCGAUGGUCUUUGUCGAAAUCCAUGUAAAACUGACAAUCCGUGUCCAGAGAACGUUUCAUGCGACGUUGUAAAUCAUCGGCCUGUGUGCUUAGACUCAAGUACCGAGCAGAGUACGUCUAAUUGUAGCGUACUCCCAGAUGUGAAAUGCACAACGCACAGCGACUGUCCCAUUGAAUUGGCUUGCGUAAAUCAUCAGUGCGUAAAUCCUUGCGCUUUGGGUAAUCCGUGCGACUUCGUCGAAGCUUGUCAUGUUCAGCAUCAUAGACCAGUCUGUGUUAAAGUAGAAAGCAACGAGGCAGAAUGUCCUUACUGUCCACCUGGUACACUAUGUGACUCAUCGACGAACACUUGCAUCAAAGCGGGUUGCACUAGCAACGGGGAUUGUUCCCUGACAGAGGCGUGCAUUGGGCACACUUGCCAGGAACCGUGCCGAGUUCGAAAUCCUUGUGCGGAACACGCUGUUUGUAUUAAUACAAAUCAUGGAGCAGAUUGUAGUUGCGAAGAAGGUUAUCAUGGAAAUGGAUUCUCCUAUUGCGAUUUACAGGAAGAAGCAAAGAAUAUUUGCCAAUAUAACGAAGAUUGUCCUCCACAUAAAUACUGUGAUCGACUCAACAGGCAAUGCAUCAAUCCUUGCAUCGAAUUUGAUUGCGGAGAUAAUGCGAAGUGCGUCUCUAGUAAUCAUCAAGCGCAGUGUAUAUGUCUUCCAGGAUAUCAAGGAAAUCCUCAUGUUGGUUGUCAAGAGAUAGUGUCGACUGUCGAUCCUUGCGUUCCAAAUCCAUGCGGUUUGAAUGCUUUAUGUGAGAAUGACAAUGGAAAUCCCGUCUGUUUCUGUCCGAAAGGUCUAACUGGAAGUCCAUUUGAGCAAUGCAUUCCCGAAGGUGAUCAAUGUGAAGGUAAUCCUUGUGGUGUCAAUUCUGGAUGCCGGGUUAUAAAUGGACAGGUGAAGUGCUUCUGUCUGCCAGGAUACGAAGGUGAUCCACCGCAUUUCCCUUGUACACUUCCUAGUACCUCCUGCGAUCCUUCUCCAUGCGGUCCCAAUACUCGCUGUUCCGUGUUGGACAAUGGCUUUGCAAAAUGUACCUGUCUACCUGGAUACAUUGAAAGCCCCAAUACUAUUAGAGGAUGCGUACCGAAAGCUGAUCAAUGUGAAUUUAAUCCGUGUGGUUUUGGCGCGAGGUGUAACAGCACGAGGGUUCCGCCUUGUUAUUGUCCUGAUUUCACGAUUGGAAACCCAUAUAAGAGUUGCGGAGCGCGACCAACGGAACCAUACGAUCCUUGUUUAUUAUCACCGUGUGGCAAAAACGCUAUUUGCACGGCGAUCGAUGGCAUAGCCAAAUGCACGUGCAUACCGCCAUUUGUUGGCAAUCCCUAUAUAGAUGGUUGUGAGGCUGAGUGCAUCAUUAAUCGGGAUUGUGAAAGUCAUCUGGCUUGUUUCAAUCAACAUUGCAGAGAUCCAUGUCCAGGCGUAUGUGGUGCUAAUGCGCAUUGCGAAGUCGUCGAUCACCUUCCAAUGUGUUCUUGUUUACCAGGAUAUACCGGAGAUCCGUUUAGAGCUUGCAAAGUAGAAAGACCUAUAGUACCAGAUCAAAAUCCGUGCAUGCCAUCACCUUGCGGCCCACACAGCGUCUGCCGUGUAAUGAACGAUCGUGCAGUUUGCUCAUGUAGUCCAGGUUAUCAAGGUACUCCGCCGCAUUGCCGUCCGGAGUGUCUCGUCAGUACGGAAUGCCCGGCUCAUUUGGCUUGCAUUAAUCAAAAAUGUAAUGAUCCUUGUCCGGGAUUGUGUGGUUUCAAUGCUGAUUGCCAGGUCAUAAAUCACAACCCAAUCUGCAGUUGUCCUCGUCAAUAUGUCGGUGAUCCAUUCACGCAUUGCGCCAAGGAAGAACCUAUACUGCCAACAACGAAUCCUUGUUUGCCAUCGCCUUGCGGACCUAACGCUGAUUGUCGCGUUCAAGAGGAUCAUCCGAUAUGCACAUGCAUUAGUGGUAUGUUCGGAGCUCCGCCGAAUUGUAGACCAGAAUGUGUGAUAGAUCAGGACUGCAUUAGCUCCUUAGCUUGUAUUCAAAAGAAAUGUUUGGAUCCGUGCGUUGGAUCAUGCGGAUUUAACACGAACUGUACGGUGCAGAAUCAUCGACCUAUAUGCCAUUGUUACGAAGGCUACGAAGGCGAUCCUUUUUCAGGCUGCGCCAAAGCUGUCUUCCCAGUGCAAUUGCCAUGCGAUCCAUCGCCAUGUGGUACGAACGCCGUAUGUAAAGAGCGUAAUGGUGCGGGAUCUUGCACUUGUUUACCUGAUUACACUGGUGAUCCCUAUGAGGGCUGCAGACCGGAAUGCGUUCAGAAUUCAGAUUGCGCUCACACGAAAGCUUGCAUUAACAAUAAGUGCAAGGACCCAUGUGUGGGAGCGUGCGGAAUUAAUGCGCAAUGCCAAGUCUAUAAUCACCAACCAUCUUGCAGUUGCCUCUAUGGUUACACUGGAGAUCCACUUACGUCUUGUCACUUACCAAUAAAGCCUGCAAUACCAGAUGAUACAUGCCAACCAUCUCCCUGCGGCCCGUAUAGCAAUUGCCGCGUUAUUGAUAACCAUGCAGUAUGCUCUUGUCAACCUAAUUACAUUGGCAGUCCACCGUCAUGCCGGCCAGAAUGCGUAGUCAGUACGGAUUGUAGCCCGAACACAGCGUGUAUCAAUCAGAGGUGUAAGGAUCCAUGUAUAGGCACGUGCGGAGUGAAUGCGGACUGUCGGGUGAUUAAUCAUAAUCCAGUCUGUAUUUGUGCGAUUGGCUAUAGCGGGGAUCCGUUCUUUGGAUGCGUCAAGGAAGAAAUAACACCGAUACCAAAACCAAGCGGCAAUCCUUGCGUCCCUUCGCCAUGCGGACCAAAUUCUCAGUGUCGAGUGAUCGACGGUUUUCCGGCGUGCUCAUGUUUACCGAAUUACGUGGGUCGCGCACCAAAUUGUCGUCCUGAGUGUGUCAUAAAUGAAGGAUGCCCCGGAAAUUUGGCGUGCCAGAAUGAACAAUGCGUGGACCCGUGCCCAGGCUCUUGCGGCGUGAACACGUAUUGCAAUGUCGUAAAACACAAUCCUGUUUGCAUCUGUAACAAUGGCUUUACGGGCGAUCCGUUCACAGAAUGCAUACCCAUCGUAGAAGUACCUAUUACGACGGAGCAACCACGCACUCCCUGCAAUCCGUCGCCGUGCGGUGCUAACGCAGUAUGCAACGAACGAAACGGCGUCGGAUCUUGCACGUGUCUACCGCAGUACUUCGGCGAUCCGUACAUUGCUUGCAGACCUGAAUGUGUGACUAACGCUGAUUGCGAUCGUAGCAAGGCUUGCCUGAACAAUAAGUGCACCAAUCCUUGCCCCGGCACUUGCGGCCAGGACGCCACUUGUCGCGUAGUAAAUCACGCUCCGAUGUGCUCCUGCCUACCUGGUUACACUGGUGAUCCGGUGAACGGCUGUACCAUCAUCGAUGUCAUAACACCGUUACCAGUGCCGAUCAAUCCUUGCGAUCCGUCACCAUGCGGACCCAACAGCAACUGUCGAACGCAUGACGGACACGCAGUGUGCCUCUGUCAACCAGGCUUUUCUGGAGUCCCGCCAACCUGCCGACCGGGUUGUAUUGUCAGUUCGGAAUGUCCACAGAAUAGAGCAUGCAUCAAUAACAAGUGCGCGGACCCGUGUCCAGGUUCUUGCGGACAGAACACGAAUUGCCUUACGGUAAAUCACAAUCCUAUCUGCAGCUGUGCCAGCGGCUACUCCGGAGAUCCCUUCGUCCAUUGCACGAGGAUCAGCACUACAUCGCCGUUACCGAAAGGAGGAGAUCCUUGUAUACCGAAUCCGUGCGGCCCGAACUCGCAAUGCAGAGUGAUAGGCUCGCAGCCAGCAUGUUCCUGCUUGCAAAAUUAUAUCGGCCGUCCACCAAACUGCAGACCAGAGUGUACCGAUAAUUCGGAAUGCUUCAACACCGCGGCGUGCAUCAAUCAGAGAUGCAAGAAUCCCUGUCCUGGCGCUUGCGGCGAGAUUGCCAGAUGUACAGUGCAGCAUCACAUUCCGAUUUGCACUUGUCCAGAAGGAUACGAAGGCGAUCCUACUGUGCGCUGCGUCUUAGUCACUCCACCAGCGACAGACAGAACCGAGUCGAAUCCAUGCUCGCCGAAUCCUUGUGGUCCCAAUGCACAAUGUCGCGAAAGAAACGGAGCUGGUGCCUGUGGAUGUCCACCUGACUUAAUAGGCGAUCCUUACGAUGUUAUCAGAGGAUGUCACAGAGAAUGCGAAACGAACAACGACUGCGCGUCGCAGCUGGCGUGUGUUGGCUUCAAAUGCACAGAUCCGUGUCCGAACACGUGUGGAACAUUGUCUAUCUGUAACGUACAAGCGCAUGUUCCUGUUUGCCUGUGUCCACCAGGAUAUACCGGAGAUCCGUAUUUUGCUUGCGAAAUUGAAGCAAUAAUAAAACCAUUGGAACCAUGUUCUCCCUCACCUUGUGGGCCCAACAGUAAAUGUCGAGUUGUCAACGGUCAAGCUGUAUGUACCUGUUUACCAGAGUACAGAGGCAUUCCACCGUCUUGCAGACCAGAAUGUAUCGUUAAUGCAGAGUGUCCACCUCAUUUAGCAUGUAUAAAUAAAAAAUGCACCGAUCCUUGUCCGAAUACCUGUGGAUUGAGGGCACAAUGUAUUACUAAAAACCACAAUCCAAUUUGCACUUGCCCAGCCGGUUUUACAGGAGAUCCUUUCACUUUCUGCUCGCCAUACGUUACUACUGAAUCCCCGAUAACAGAGCGGCCACCAUCUUGCACCCCAUCACCCUGUGGUCCGAAUUCCUUGUGUCAAAUAAUAUCCGGCAAUCCUGCUUGCUCUUGCUUGCCAAAUUAUAUUGGCGUACCGCCGCAAUGCCGACCGGAAUGCAUCUUAAGUUCCGAAUGUAAGAGUCAUCUUGCAUGUGUCAACCAGAAGUGUGCAGAUCCAUGUCCAGGCUCAUGCGGAAUAAAUGCUCAAUGUCACGUAUUAAAUCAUCUGCCAGUUUGUACGUGCAUGGAAGGUUUCACCGGAGAUCCAUUUGCGCAAUGCAGCAUUAUUCCGCCAGUUACAGAACCACCAUCCACGGAUCCUUGCGCUUUAUCCCCGUGUGGUUCGAACGCCAUAUGCGAUCAUGGUGAAUGCAGAUGCUUGCCCGAAUAUAUUGGUAAUCCUUAUGAGGCCUGUCGUCCCGAAUGCAUUCUCAAUUCGGAAUGUGCUCGCGACAAAACUUGUCUGAGGUACAAAUGCAAGGAUCCCUGUCCCGGAAUAUGCGGUCAAAAUGCGCGAUGCGACGUGGUGAAUCACAUUCCCGUUUGCUCUUGUCCAUCCGGAUACGUAGGUGAUCCGUUCGUCAGCUGUCGUGUUCAACCUAGAGUACCGGAUUCUCGAAAGGAUCCGUGCACGCCCUCGCCCUGCGGUCCGAACAGUCAAUGCCGCAAUAUCGAGGAUCACGCUGUGUGCUCGUGUCUCCGAGGCUACCUCGGUUCGCCGCCAUCCUGCAGACCAGAGUGUAUCGUUAGCUCUGAAUGUCCACCAACGCGAGCCUGCGUAAACAAAAAGUGUACAGACCCAUGCCUGGGUUCCUGCGGCUUGAACGCGAGAUGCGAAGUGAUCAACCACUCGCCGAUAUGCAGUUGUUUACCUGGACAGACUGGAGAUCCGUUCAAGAGCUGUUAUGAUAUUCCAUUGCCAGCGGAACCUAAGGAUCAGGGCGAUCCUUGCAUUCCUUCGCCGUGUGGACCAAAUGCACUUUGUCAUAAUGCAAAUGGACAACCGUCAUGUUCGUGUUUGCCAACGUACAUCGGCACUCCACCAUCAUGUCGACCGGAGUGUUUGAUUAAUCCUGAUUGCCCGCCAGAAAGAUCCUGCAUAAAUAUGAAAUGUAAAGAUCCCUGUCCGGGAUCCUGCGGGGACAAUGCUGAGUGCAAAGUGGUGAACCACGCAGUGACUUGUUCGUGUAAAAUCGGUUACACGGGUAAUCCGUUUGUGCAAUGCGUGUUUGAAGAAGAGGAACCGAUGAAUCCGUGCGAACCUUCGCCGUGCGGAGCUAAUGCGAUCUGUCAGCAACGAGACAACGCUGGCGCUUGCAUAUGCAUCGAUGACUAUCAAGGAAAUCCUUACGAAGGCUGUCAACCGGAAUGCGUCCUCAGCGCGGAUUGCCCUACGAACAAGGCUUGCGUUGGCAAUAAGUGCAAAGAUCCUUGUCCAGGCAUAUGCGGCGUCCGGGCGCAGUGUUCAGUGAUCAAUCAUAUUCCUACGUGUACUUGCGAGCCUGGAUACAUCGGAGAUCCAUUUUCAAUUUGCACUCUUCAACCGGAAAUAGAGACCGAGCCCACUGUCAGAGAUCCGUGCUCGCCCUCACCUUGCGGGCCAAACAGCUUGUGUCGCGCUAUAAACAACCAAGCGGUGUGCACGUGCCAAGAAUCCUUCGUGGGUGUCCCGCCGAAUUGCAAGCCGGAAUGUGUCGUCAAUUCAGAGUGUCCGCAAAAUAGAGCAUGCUACAAGUACAAAUGUACAGAUCCUUGCCCUGGCACUUGUGGAAUCGAAGCCAAUUGCCGUGUUAUCAAUCACAAUCCACUCUGCAGCUGUCCACAAGGAAAGACGGGUGAUCCCUUCUCCAGAUGUUUCCCUGAACCUGUUGUGUCGCUACCGCCAAUGGAUCCUUGUUUCCCUAAUCCAUGUGGACUCUACGCGGAAUGCAAAGUAGUCAAUGAUCAAGCCGCAUGUACUUGCUUGAAAAAUUAUAUAGGGAUACCACCCAAUUGCCGUGCAGAGUGCGUAGUUAAUACAGACUGUCCGUCGGAUCAAGCUUGUAUUUCGGAAAAAUGUCGCGAUCCAUGCAUCGGCUCCUGCGGUCAAAAUGCUGAUUGUCGAGUACAGAAUCACAUACCUAUUUGUUUGUGCCAACCCGGAUAUUCCGGCGAUGCUUUCAGUCUGUGUACAAUAAUUAAAGAACAACCAAAGAUUCCCGAAGACUUGUGCAAUCCGUCACCUUGCGGACCUAACGCGGAAUGCAACGAAGGUGUGUGCAGGUGCUUCCCUAACUAUUUCGGGGAUCCAUAUUCGUAUUGUCGACCGGAAUGUACGAUGAAUUCAGAUUGUCCUCGCGUCAAAACUUGCAUCAAUCAAAAUUGCGUGGAUCCUUGCCCAGGCACAUGCGGUCGCGAUGCACGUUGCGACGUUGUUAAUCACCUCCCAAUGUGCAGCUGCCCGCCUGGUUAUACCGGAAAUCCGUUCCUUCUAUGCCGACCACAUAUACCGGAUGAUACCAUUAAACAGCCUUGCACACCUUCGCCUUGUGGACCAAACAGCAUCUGCAAAGUUGUGAGUGAUCAUGCUGUUUGUUCAUGUCAACCUGGUUUAAUUGGCAGUCCACCCGCCUGCAAACCAGAAUGCGUUGUCAGCGGGGACUGUCCAUUGACACAAGCAUGUCUGAAUAAUAAAUGUCAAGAUCCGUGCCCAGGCACGUGCGGACAGAACACAAACUGUCAAGUGGUUAAUCAUAAUCCAAUAUGUAGCUGUUCUGAAUCUUACACCGGCGAUCCCUUCACCAUAUGUUAUCCACAGCCAAAAACACCACCUGCACCGAUGAACCCAUGUUUGCCAUCGCCUUGCGGUCCGAAUGCAGAGUGUCAAGUGAGGGGUGACAGUCCUGCGUGUUCAUGUAUCGAAAAUUACAUUGGUUUACCGCCAAAUUGUCGACCGGAGUGCACUAUCAAUCCGGAGUGUCCACCGCAGUUGGCGUGUAUGCAACAAAAGUGUCGCGAUCCGUGUGUCGGUCUGUGCGGUCUAAACGCUCAGUGCUCGGUAGUGAAUCAUCAUGCGGUUUGCGUGUGCAUCGCCGGAUACAGCGGAAAUCCAUUCAGCGCUUGCGAACGAGUACCUGAGGAUACGCCCCUAGACAUAAGAAAACCGUGCGAGCCUUCCCCUUGUGGUCUCAAUGCCGUCUGUCGCGAAAACAACGGCGUUGGCUCGUGCACCUGUCUGCCGGACUACCUAGGUGACCCCUAUCAAGAAUGCAGACCCGAGUGCACGCAAAAUUCAGACUGUUUGACAAGAAUGGCGUGUGUGGCCCUGAAAUGCAGAGACCCUUGCCCAGGAACAUGCGGAGUGAAUGCCCAAUGCCAAUCGAUUAAUCACUUGCCGAUUUGUACUUGCAUCCCCGGCUAUACCGGCAAUCCCUUUACGCUCUGUUCCCCGAUAGUUGAAGCCCUCCUGCCAGAAACAAACCCGUGCAGCCCAUCCCCCUGUGGACCAAAUAGUAAAUGUCGAGACGUAAACGGUCUUGCCGUUUGCACCUGUCUGCCAAAUUUUAUCGGCAACCCUCCGAACUGUCGGGCUGAAUGCGUGGUGAACAGCCAAUGCUCUCUGGAUCUUGCUUGCAUCAAUCAGAAAUGUAUAUCGCCCUGCCCGGACCCAUGCGGAAUAAACACACAGUGCAGAGUGAUCAGUCACAGCCCUAUCUGUGUCUGCAACCUCGGUUAUACCGGGGACCCCUUUACGAGAUGUUUCCCUACCCCACAACAACUAGAUUUUCCCAAAGCCCCCAAAGACCCAUGUUUACCCUCUCCAUGUGGUGUGUACGCGGAGUGCAGAAAUAUUGGUGGCACACCGUCGUGCUCCUGUUUGCCGACCUACAGAGGAUCACCGCCGAAUUGUCGUCCAGAAUGCCGCGUGAAUUCCGAAUGUCCAAUGAAUCUCGCUUGCAGCAACGAGAGAUGCAGAGAUCCCUGUUUAGGCUCCUGCAGCACCACUUCAUUGUGUACAGUCUAUAAUCAUGUACCCGUGUGCACCUGUCCCGAGGGUUACACCGGUGACCCUUUCAGUAGUUGUUAUCCUAGACCAACAACGGCACCUGCAGUUAUCGACCCUUGUAAUUUAAAUCCUUGUGGACCGAAUGCACGAUGCAACAAUGGCAUCUGCAUAUGUCUAUCCGAAUACCAGGGCGAUCCUUACGUGGGUUGCCGUCCCGAGUGUGUCAUGAAUACCGAUUGCGCCCACGAUCGUGCGUGCAUUCGCAACAAAUGCCUGGAUCCCUGUCCGGGCACGUGCGGUCGAAAUGCAUUGUGCUCCGUAUAUAAUCACGUCCCUAUGUGCACCUGUCCAGCUGGAAUGGCUGGCAAUGCCUUCGUUCAAUGUUCCAUAGUCGAAGAUACCCCGAAAGGAGAUCCCUGCUCACCUUCGCCCUGCGGACCCAACAGUGUUUGCCGAGAAAACAAUAGGCAACCUGUAUGCUCGUGUGUGCCAGGAUUCCUUGGCGUACCGCCAGCGUGCAGGCCGGAAUGCACUGUCAGUUCUGAGUGUCUUCUGACAGAAGCAUGCAGUAAUCAAAAAUGCAUAAACCCUUGUCUCGGUGCAUGCGGAAUUCAAGCCACAUGCCAAGUGAUCAAUCAUAAUCCCAUAUGUAGCUGUGGAGAACUCACCGGAGAUCCAUUCAUUCGGUGUAUUCCACGACCACUCGAACCCGUGUUGCAAACAAAUCCCUGUGUGCCAUCUCCUUGUGGAGCGAACGCCGAGUGUCAGGUUGUAGGCGAUACUCCCUCAUGCUCGUGUCUAGCUGGAUUCUUGGGUGCACCACCAUACUGUAAACCAGAAUGCAUUAGCAACAAUGAAUGUUUUGCUCAUUUGGCGUGCAUGAAUCAGAAAUGUAGAGAUCCUUGCGAAGGUUCCUGUGGUCUUAACGCCGAGUGUCGUGUGGUAAGCCACACACCAAUGUGCGUUUGUCCUAGCGAUCUCACCGGCGAUCCGUUUACACAAUGUACAAUGAAACCACCCAUACGAGUCCCACAAUCACCCUGUAAACCAUCACCUUGUGGCUUUAAUGCCGUUUGCAAAGAACAGUUCGGUGCUGGAUCCUGUUCUUGCUUACCAGAUUAUGUCGGCAAUCCUUACGAAGGAUGUCGACCAGAAUGCGUGGUUGACACGGAUUGCAUAUCUAUUCUUGCUUGCGUACAAUCCAAGUGCAGAGACCCAUGUCCUGGUGCCUGCGGACAAUUCGCCGAAUGCCAAGUUAUCAAUCAUCGACCCUCUUGCACAUGUAUUGCCGGUUAUAGCGGCAAUCCUUUCCAAUACUGCACUAUAAUGCGCGAUAUCGUCAAGACCCCGAGGGAUGUUUGUAAUCCGUCGCCUUGCGGACCCAACAGCCAAUGUCGCGUUAAUAACGAUCAAGCAGUCUGUUCUUGCCUACCGAAUUUCAUCGGUAGCCCACCUGCGUGUCGCCCUGAAUGCGUCACAAGCUCAGAUUGUUCUCUUAAUCUUGCUUGUUUGAAUCAAAAGUGCCAAGAUCCUUGCCCUGGCUCCUGUGGCAGAAAUUCGAAUUGCAGAGUCAUCAAACACAAUCCGAUUUGCUCUUGCAGGAACGGUUUUACCGGCGAUCCAUUUACCGCAUGCUUCCAGACCCCUGUGAGUCCGCCCAUUGUAAGUGACAUUUCGAGAGACCCAUGCGUACCGUCACCCUGUGGCACAUUUUCCGAAUGUCGCGAUAUAGGAGGAGUGCCAUCGUGUUCUUGUUUACCAACGUAUAAAGGCAGUCCGCCAAAUUGUAAACCAGAAUGCACUAUCAAUGCAGAAUGUCCAGCUAAUAUGGCGUGUAUGCAACAAAGAUGUAGAGAUCCCUGUCCAGGCUCAUGCGGCUUUAUGGCCGAAUGCAGUGUCGUAAAUCAUGUGCCGAUUUGUUCGUGUUUGCCCGAUUACACCGGUGACCCUUUUACCGGGUGUUUCGCAAAACCACUCGUUGUUGCCCCCUCCAAACCGGAUCCAUGCACACCUUCGCCUUGCGGACCCAAUACGCAAUGUAAUGGAGGAAUUUGCGUUUGCAUAGCGGAAUAUUUCGGAGACCCUUAUAGCGGUUGUCGGCCAGAAUGCGUAUUGAACAAUGAUUGCCCAAACACGCAGGCUUGCGUGCAAAAUAAAUGCGUGGAUCCUUGCCCAGGUGUUUGCGGUCAAAAUGCUAUGUGCAAUGUGUACAAUCAUGUUCCUAUGUGUAGUUGUCCCUCUGGAAUGGAUGGAAAUGCUUUCGUCUUGUGUUCUCCCGUACCAGCACCACCUAUUAGCAAUCCAUGUAAUCCGUCCCCAUGUGGUCCAAACAGUCAAUGCCGACAAAAUAAUAUGCAGGCUGUAUGUAGUUGCAUAAGUGGAUUUGUCGGCGCUCCUCCGACUUGUAGGCCCGAAUGUGUAAUUAGCUCGGAUUGUCCGAAGAACGAGGCGUGUACCAAUCAAAAAUGUCGGGAUCCUUGUCCGGGAAGUUGUGGGCGUAACACAGUCUGCAACGUCAUUAAUCACAAUCCUGUCUGCGUAUGCCGUCCUGGAAUGACCGGAGAUCCGUUUAUUAAUUGUUUCCCUCUUCCUGAGGAACCAUUACCUGUGCUUAAUCCUUGUCAACCGUCACCGUGUGGACCAAACGCGCAAUGCCAAGUGAUUAAUGAUCAACCCUCUUGCUCGUGUUUGCAAGAAUUUAUCGGAGCACCCCCGAAUUGCCGGUAUGAGUGUAUCAGCAAUAGCGAGUGCUCAAACAAAAUGGCUUGCAUCAACCAAAAAUGUCGCGAUCCGUGCAUCAAUGCAUGCGGUAUCAAUGCCGUUUGCAAUGUUGUUAGCCACACGCCGAUGUGCGCGUGUACUCCUGGUUAUACUGGCGAUCCGUUUACUCAGUGUUCUCCGCAACAAUUCGAUAUACAACCCAGCGUUCCCACGCCAUGCACACCAUCUCCGUGUGGUGCAAAUGCAAUAUGCAGAGUUCAGCAAAAUGCUGGCUCUUGUUCAUGCUCACCUGAUUAUAUCGGUAAUCCUUACGAAGGAUGCAGACCCGAGUGUACACUCAAUUCCGAUUGUCCUUCCAAUCAGGCGUGUAUCGGUUUGAAAUGUAAAGAUCCGUGUCCAGGAACGUGUGGCCAAAACGCGCAGUGUUACGUGAUUAAUCACGCACCAACUUGCACUUGUUUCGAGCGAUAUACGGGAAAUCCAUUCAUAUUCUGCAAUCUCGUCGUCGAAGCCCCGGUUGUAGCAGAUAACAUUAAUCUUUGUCAACCAUCCCCUUGCGGACCAUAUAGUCAAUGCAGAGUAAGCAACGGCCAAGCUGUUUGUUCUUGCUUGCCGGCUUAUAUCGGCGCACCACCCGGUUGUAGACCGGAAUGCACAGUUAGCACGGAUUGUCUGACGAAUCUCGCUUGCGAGAAUAACAAAUGCGUUGAUCCUUGUCCCAAUUCCUGCGGUCAAGGUACGACGUGUAGAGUCGUGAACCAUAGUCCAAUAUGUAUAUGCAAACCAGGAUUCAGCGGUGAUCCAUUCAUACGCUGCUUAUUUGUACCACCUACUCCGACGACCUACUUACCGAGUCAGCCUUCGGAUCCUUGCAUACCUUCUCCAUGCGGACCCAACUCGCAGUGUCGCAAUAUCAAUGGUUAUCCAUCUUGUUCUUGUAUGAUUAAUUAUAUUGGUACGCCACCAAAUUGUCGUCCCGAAUGCGUUAUUGCUGCUGAUUGUCCGAGCAAUCAGGCUUGCAUUCGCGAGAGAUGCCAAGAUCCCUGUCCAGGUUCUUGCGGCCUUAAUGCCGAUUGUACUGUUCACAACCACAUUCCAAUCUGCAGAUGUAUAGAGAGCUAUACUGGCGAUCCGUUUAAUGGUUGUCAACCUGUGCCAAUUUACAACGAGCCAAUCCAGCCAAUUGAUCCGUGCAGUAAAUCACCCUGUGGACCAAAUGCACAAUGCAAUAAUGGCAUUUGCACUUGUUUACCUGAAUAUUUUGGCGAUCCAUAUAUUGGUUGUCGACCAGAAUGCGUACUCAGUACAGACUGCUCAAUCGACAAGACGUGCAUACGAAACAAAUGUGUCGAUCCUUGUCCAGGUACUUGUGGACAAAAUAGUUUAUGUAAUGUGAUAAAUCACACACCGAUGUGCAGUUGUCCCCCUGGUACUUCUGGAAAUGCGUUCAUUUCUUGCGAUGCAAUAAGAGUUUUACCUGUGACAAGACCGUGCAGCCCGAAUCCUUGUGGUCCAAACAGCAUAUGUCGAGAAUUAAAUGGACAAGCGGUGUGCGCUUGUGCGCCAGAAUUCCUCGGAUCACCACCUCUCUGCCGACCUGAAUGCACUCUUAGCUCCGAUUGUCGUCCCAAUGAAGCUUGCGCUAAUCAGAAAUGCAGAGAUCCUUGUCCCGGUACAUGCGGCAUCCAAGCAAGAUGCGUAGUCGUCAACCAUAAUCCUGUUUGCUCAUGUCCCGACCGCUACACAGGCGACCCGUUCAUUAGAUGCGAUGUUAUGAAACCAGUAGCGCCUGUAGUAAUAAACCCUUGUCAGCCUUCACCCUGCGGUCCGUACGCUCAGUGCCAAGUCGUUAACGAUUUACCAUCCUGCUCGUGCCUACCCGAGUACAAAGGCUCGCCUCCGUAUUGUCAACCCGAAUGUAUUUCCAAUCCUGAGUGCCCCAGCCAUCAAAGUUGUGUGCGGCAAAAGUGCAGAGACCCUUGCCCAGGUUUAUGCGGGGAGAAUGCGGAAUGCCAUGUGGUACAACACGUGCCCCAUUGCGUCUGUUCCUAUGGUCUCACUGGCGACCCGUAUACACGCUGUUCUGCGAUGCCACGCCCAAUAGAACUGGAACCAGAACCGUCACCCUGCGCAAAGUUCGAAUGCGGCGCAAAUGCAAUAUGUAGAGAACGAGACGGUGUUGCAAUUUGUCAGUGUAUCUCUAGCUAUGUCGGAAACCCGUACUUAGCCUGCCGACCCGAAUGCGUCAUUAAUCCUGACUGUUCAUCAAAUUUGAUAUGUGUAAGAAACAAGUGCACCAAUCCUUGUGCCGGCAUGUGCGGCCAAAAUGCCGAAUGCUCGGUUGUCAAUCAUCAACCAAUGUGCACAUGUCUUCCCGGAUAUACCGGAGACCCCUUCAUUAGUUGUUCUGUAGAUAAAAUAAUUUCCGACGAGAACGUUUGUGCCCCAUCACCCUGUGGACCCAACAGCAAAUGCAAAGAAGUGUCCGGACAGGCUGUCUGUUCAUGCCUUCCGACGUACAUUGGAACCCCACCUGCAUGUAGACCUGAAUGUAUCGCUAGCUCAGAGUGUUCCCCGCAAUUAGUGUGCAAGGAUUACAAAUGCGUAAAUCCCUGCCCAAGCCCAUGUGGACUCAAUACGAAUUGCGUAGUCGUUAAUCACAGCCCCAUCUGCAGUUGUAUGUCCGGUUACAGUGGAGAUCCAUUCACCAUAUGCUCGUUAAUUCCACCUAUAACACCACCAUUAGUACAGAAAGACCCUUGCGUGCCAUCCCCGUGCGGUAGUUUCUCCCAAUGCAGAAAUAUCGGUGAUUCUCCCGCGUGUACUUGCCUGGAGAAUUACAUGGGUCAACCGCCCAAUUGCAGACCCGAAUGUACCAUACACUCGGAAUGCCCAAGCGAUAGAGCCUGCAUCAACAUGAAGUGUGUGGAUCCAUGUCCCGGCUCAUGCGGCACCAAUGCCCUAUGUUCGGUCAUUAAUCACAUUCCCACAUGUAGAUGUCCCGAGGGAUAUACUGGAAAUACAUUUGUUCUUUGCGAGAUAUUGCCAGCAACACCGACUCCAAUCUCAGUCGAAGAUGCCUGUGUCCCGUCACCCUGUGGCCCUAACGCGCAAUGCUUUGACGGUAUUUGUACUUGCCUGCCGGAGUUCCGAGGAGAUCCUAAUGUAGGUUGCCGACCGGAAUGUGUCCUAAACACGGAUUGUCCUCGCGAUAGAGCGUGCAUACGUAAUAAAUGUCUGGACCCAUGCCCCGGAGCUUGCGCCAUUAAUGCGUUAUGCACCGUGAUCGGUCACGUCCCCAUGUGCAGUUGCCCUGGAAAUAUGACCGGCAAUGCAUUCAGCCAAUGCACACCUCUACAAGACAUGCCACCCGCUAAUCCAUGCGCCCCUUCACCCUGCGGACCAAACAGCGAAUGUCGCGUUAUAAAUAACCAGGCGGUCUGUUCCUGUGUAAGAGGAUAUUUAGGUAGUCCUCCGACAUGCAGGCCCGAAUGCAUAGUCAGCACGGAUUGCCCCCAGAAUGAGGCUUGUAGCAACCAGAAGUGUACGAACCCUUGUCCUGGAAGUUGUGGAUUAGGCGCAUCCUGUCAAGUAGUGAAUCAUAAUCCAAUUUGCGUUUGUCCACCCUCUCAAACAGGCGAUCCUUUUGUUAGAUGCUAUUUAUUACCACCACAAACACCUACGUUACCCCCUACGCCAUGCAAGCCAAAUCCGUGUGGUCCCAACUCACAAUGUCAACCGCGCGGCGAUCAGUCUAUAUGCACUUGUUUACCUGAUUUUAUCGGCAAUCCUCCCAAUUGCAGAGCAGAGUGCGUCAGUAACAGUGAAUGUUCUAAUCAUUUAGCUUGUAUUAAUAAGAAAUGUCAGGAUCCGUGCGUUGGCUCUUGCGGUGCGAGCGCUAAUUGCCAUGUUGUCAGUCAUACCCCAAUGUGUUCUUGCAUAAACGGUUAUACUGGUGAUCCAUUCACACAAUGCAUCUUGAGAGAACCCACACCUUUGCCGCCUGCACCUGUUGAUCCCUGCACUCCCUCUCCUUGCGGCUCCAAUGCAGUAUGCAAGGAAUUUAACGGUGCCGGUUCAUGUACAUGUUUACCGAAUUAUACCGGCAACCCGUACGAAGGAUGCAGACCGGAGUGUGUCAUAAAUUCGGAUUGCCCUGCCAAUUUGGCUUGUAUAAAUACAAAAUGUAGAGAUCCAUGUCCGGGAUCGUGCGGGCGCAAUGCGUUAUGUCAGGUAGUCAACCAUUUGCCGGUAUGCAACUGUUACCCUAGACACACCGGUGACGCCUUCUUAUAUUGCACCCCGGUAGAAAUAGAAGGAGAUAGUGCUGUCAGUAAUCCUUGUGAACCAUCACCAUGUAGGCCCAAUAGUUUGUGUCGCGUUGUGGAUAAUACGAGCGUUUGUACUUGCUUACCCGAUUUCCAAUGGGUAGCCAGCCCACCGAACUGUCGCCCUGAGUGCACUGUUAGUGCCGAAUGUGCUUUCAAUCUAGCGUGCAUCUCGUAUAAAUGUAGCGAUCCUUGUCGUACAUUAUGCGGUUCUAACGCAAGAUGCGAAACGAUUAAUCAUAAUCCCAUAUGUUCGUGCCCAUCUGGUUUUACCGGUGACCCAUUCGUUGCCUGCUUUGAAAUGCCACCUAAAGAAGAACGUCCAGUUGUAAAUCCUUGCGCAUCUUCGCCUUGUGGACCUUAUUCGGAAUGUCGCGACAUUAAUGGCCAAGCAUCUUGCGCUUGUUUGUCAACAUAUAUAGGAACACCACCCAAUUGUAGGCCCGAAUGUUCAGUUAAUCCGGAAUGCCCAACUAAUCAGGCGUGUAUACAGAGAAAAUGUCGAAAUCCUUGUGAUGGAGUAUGUGGAGUAGAAGCAAUUUGUAAUGUUAUUCGUCACACACCCACAUGUUCUUGUCCCAGUGGAUUCACUGGCGAUCCAUUUGUAGUGUGUAGACCAAUUCCCGAGGAAGAUACAACACUCAAACCGACGGAUCCAUGCUUAAAUUGCGGCGCGAAUACGCAAUGCUUUAACGGUGUAUGCAGUUGCCUUCCCGAAUAUCAAGGGAAUCCAAAUUUCGGAUGUCGUCCGGAAUGUAUUCUGAAUUUGGACUGUCCUAGAGACCGGGCUUGUAUUAAGAACAAAUGUCAAGAUCCAUGCGGUCUUGGAAUUUGUGGUUUCAAUGCUCUGUGUUCCGUGGUAAAUCACAUACCAGUCUGCACCUGCGCGCAGAGAAUGUCUGGCAAUGCAUUCGUGCAAUGCUCUCCGAUAGACGAUAUGAUACCAAAAGACCCAUGUAACCCGACACCCUGUGGACCAAAUAGUCAAUGCCGAAGAAUAAAGGACCAAGCUGUCUGCUCGUGUCUCCCUGGAUACUUGGACGCACCACCUAAUUGCCGAGCUGAGUGCACUAUUAGUUCUGACUGUCUCGCUAACAUGGCUUGCAAUAAUCAAAAAUGCAUAAACCCCUGUCCUGGAACUUGUGGUAUUAGAGCCCAAUGUACCGUAGUCAAUCACAAUCCGAUUUGCUCUUGUUCCUCCGAGUUGACUGGCGACCCUUUCACUCAGUGUUUCCCAAGACCGGCAGAACCUCUAACACCCAUUAAUCCUUGCGUUCCAUCUCCAUGUGGACUCAACAGUAGAUGCGAAGUUGUAAACAACGCAUACUCGUGCUCUUGCUUGCCAGAGUUUAUUGGUAAUCCGCCAAAUUGUAGACCCGAAUGCGUUAGCAAUGGUGAAUGUCCCACGCAGCUAGCGUGUAUUAAUCAGAAAUGCCGUGAUCCAUGUCCGGGUUCCUGCGGUAUUAAUUCUGAUUGCCGAGUAAUAAGUCACACACCUAUGUGCGUUUGCCUUACCGGAUUUGAAGGAGAUCCGUUUGUAUCAUGCAAUCCCAAACAAAGCGAUGUUAUAAAUGUUGUAAAACCAACACCCUGCGUUCCAUCACCGUGCGGUUUUAAUGCGGUAUGCCGUGAAUCGAAUGGUGUCGGUUCUUGCACUUGUCUGUCAGAUUAUACGGGCAAUCCAUAUGAAGGUUGCCGACCCGAGUGUACGAUUAACUCCGAUUGUACCGCAGACCGAGCGUGCGUCGGAUCGAAAUGUCAGAAUCCCUGUCCUGGUUUUUGCGGGUAUAAUGCGAUUUGCCAAGUAGUGAAUCACGCGCCAUUAUGCACGUGUCAACCUGGAUACAGCGGCAACCCGUUUAUUUCUUGUAACAGAAUUGUGCAAGAAACGACGUUAGAACGUAAUCCAUGCAGUCCUUCUCCCUGUGGACUUAAUAGUCAGUGCCGCGAAUUAAAUGGUCAAGCUGUAUGCUCUUGCUUACCCACAUUUAUUGGAACCCCGCCGACCUGUCGCGCAGAGUGCACUGUCAGUUCCGACUGUCCUGUAAAUCGUGCGUGCAAGAACCGUAAAUGCGUUGACCCGUGCCCCGGAAUUUGUGGAAUUAACGCGAGAUGCGAAGUGAUUAAUCAUAGCCCGAUUUGCAGUUGUAAUCAAGGUUUUACCGGCGAUCCCUUCGUAACGUGCUUCCAAACGCACAUAAACAAAGAUACCCCUCAGACACCAGAAAAUCCGUGCGUUCCAUCUCCUUGUGGUCCGUUUGCCACUUGUCGCGAUAGUGGCUAUGCGGGCGUGCCAACGUGCACGUGUCUGGAAAAUUACAUUGGUAGCCCUCCAAACUGUCGGCCAGAAUGUACCGUAGAUUCCGAGUGCAACAGUAAUCAAGCCUGCUUGAGACAAAAAUGCAGAGAUCCAUGUCUAGGCUCGUGUGGCAUCGGUGCCCAAUGCCUUGUGGUUAAUCAUAUGGCUGUCUGUCUCUGUCCGAAGGGUUACACCGGGGAUGCGUUUGCCAAUUGCUUCCCGGAACCUCCUCCUGCACCUGUACCACAAGAUCCUUGUAAUCCAUCUCCGUGCGGAGCCAAUGCGUUAUGUCGCGACGGUGUCUGCACUUGCUUGCCCGAGUAUCGCGGUGAUCCUUACACAGCGUGUCGACCCGAAUGCGUACAAAAUCCGGAUUGUCCAUUAGACAAGGCAUGCGUUCGUAACAAGUGCUUCGACCCAUGCACUGGAGUUUGCGGGCAAAACGCAAAGUGCACAGUCAUAAAUCACAUUCCAAUGUGCGCUUGCCCAGAUGGAAUGUCCGGUAAUGCAUUUGCUGCGUGCUAUCCGGUCAUUCAAGAUCAAACUGUUGUUGAGAACCCAUGUAAUCCGUCGCCCUGUGGUCCGAACAGUCGAUGCCAAAGCUUUAAUAAUCAAGCAGUAUGUUCGUGUAUACCUGGAUUCAUAGGAAAUCCGCCGGCCUGCCGACCCGAGUGCAUAGUUAACACCGAUUGCGCACUAAACGAAGCUUGCAUCAACAUGAAAUGCGGCAAUCCUUGCCUUGGUGCGUGCGGUAUAACCGCUCGUUGCCAAGUAUUGAAUCAUAAUCCAAUUUGCACCUGUCCUCCUGUAUUCACCGGCGAUCCUUUCAUACGCUGUGUGCCACAACCGGAGGAUGUUCCAAAACCGAUAAACCCAUGUCAACCGUCGCCUUGCGGCCCUAAUUCUCAGUGCCAAGUCAUCAAUGAUACGCCAUCGUGUUCUUGUAUGGUAGAGUUCAUUGGAACGCCACCGAAUUGUAGACCAGAAUGUAUUAGUAACAGCGAAUGUCCGAGUCAAAUGGCAUGUAUGAAUCGCAAAUGUAGAGACCCAUGUCCUGGAUCUUGUCAUCCUCUGGCCAAUUGCUAUGUCGUUAAUCAUGUGCCCACAUGCACGUGUCGUGUUGGUUACACAGGCGAUCCAUUUGUUCAAUGCACGAUCAUACCGAGCGAACCACCAGUACCAAAACAACCUUGUCAACCAUCCCCUUGCGGAACUAACGCCGUAUGUAGAGAACAAAACGGGGUUGGUUCUUGUACAUGCUUGCCCGAGUAUAUUGGAAAUCCUUACGAUGGAUGCCGUCCUGAAUGUACUAUUUCAUCAGACUGCCCCGCGCAUUUAGCUUGCAUCGGAUCGAAGUGUCAGAAUCCAUGUCCCGGUUCAUGUGGCACCAAUACCAAUUGCCAAGUUGUCAACAAUGUCCCCGUUUGCACUUGUAUCCCUGGUUAUACUGGCAAUCCAUAUAUAAAUUGCAUUUAUCAAACUCUCAGCAUUUCCGAUGAGAAGCGUGAACCAUGCAAGCCUUCCCCUUGUGGCCCCAACAGUCAAUGCACUGAUAAUAACGGUCAAGCCGUCUGCUCCUGUUUGCCUCAAUUUAUCGGAACCCCGCCAAAUUGUAGACCGGAAUGUUUAGUAAAUUCAGAAUGUGGAUCGAAUCGAGCAUGUGUGAAUCAAAAAUGUGUAGAUCCAUGCAUCGGCACUUGUGGCCGUGAUGCUCAAUGCAAAAUUAUACAUCACAGUCCUAUUUGUAGCUGCGCAAAUGGCUUUACAGGCGAUCCUUUCAUUUAUUGUUUCGCAGCGCCAAUUUCGAAACCAGAAGAAAAAUACCCGAAGAACCCAUGCUUGCCCUCACCUUGUGGCCCUAAUGCCCUGUGUAGAGCUAUUGGUGACGCACCAGCGUGUAGUUGUAUGCAGAAUUAUAUGGGUGUUCCACCUAAUUGCCGACCCGAAUGUUCAAUAAAUUCGGAUUGUCCUGCUAACAGAGCUUGUGUUAAAGAAAAAUGUAGAGAUCCAUGUCCAGGAUCAUGUGGCUUCUUGGCGCGCUGUUCGGUGAUUAAUCAUACGCCAUCCUGUGUAUGUCCUGAAGGAUAUACCGGUGAUCCCUUUGUCAAUUGCAACAUUUUACCUCAGACACCUCUACCUCCCCCAGACCGAUGUAACCCAUCACCAUGCGGUCAAAAUGCUCAAUGCAACAAUGGAAUUUGUACAUGUAUACCCGAAUACUUUGGAGACCCGUAUGCCGGCUGUCGACCGGAAUGUGUGAUUAACUCCGAUUGUCCCCGCGAUAAGGCAUGCAUGCUCCAUAAAUGUCGCGACCCAUGCAUUGGAACAUGCGGCGUUAAUGCGGAAUGCAUUGUUGUUAAUCACUUGCCUAUGUGUAGUUGCCCAAGAGGUAUGACUGGUAGUGCAUUUGUCUCGUGUACCCCUCUUCAAGAUACGAUCAUCGAGGAACAACCCUGCAAUCCGUCCCCGUGUGGUCCAAAUAGUCACUGUCGUGCGUCAAAUGGCCAAGCGAUUUGCUCAUGCAUAGCCGGAUUUAGAGGCGCCCCACCAUCCUGUAGAUCAGAAUGUCUUAUAAGUGCCGACUGCGCCCGCAACAGAGCCUGCAGCAAUCAAAAGUGCAUCGAUCCAUGCCUUGGUGCAUGUGGAUUAAUUGCGCAAUGUACUGUUGUAAACCAUAAUCCCAUAUGCAGCUGCCCACUCUUGUAUACAGGAGAUCCAUUCGUUCAAUGCGUUCGGCAACCGGAAGAAUCACAGCCACCAAUAGAUCCCUGUCAACCCUCACCUUGCGGUCCGAACGCGAUAUGUCGAGUCCUCAAUGGCGCCCCAUCGUGCUCAUGCUUGCCUCAGUUUAUCGGCACUCCGCCUAGAUGUAAACCGGAAUGUAUCAGUAAUAGCGAAUGUCCUAGUCAGCAAGCUUGCAUUAAUCAGAAGUGCCGUGAUCCUUGUCCAGGAUCGUGCGGCAGGAAUGCAGAAUGUAGAACUGUCAGUCAUACCCCGAUGUGUGUUUGCGCCGGUGACUUUACUGGUGAUCCAUUCACCCAAUGUAAUCCCCGACCGAUCGACACCCCGCUUGCUCCACUGAAUCCAUGCCAGCCAUCGCCAUGUGGCGCGAACGCUAUGUGCCGUGAAAUUUCUGGUUCCGCUUCCUGUACUUGUUUGCCCGAUUUUUAUGGAAACCCGUACGAAGGUUGUAGACCCGAGUGUGUAAUCAACUCUGACUGUACAUCCAAUCGAGCUUGCAUAAGGAAUAGGUGUCAGGAUCCUUGUCCGGGAACAUGUGGUAUCAAUGCGGUUUGCGAAGUUAUUAAUCAUAUACCGGCAUGCAGCUGUCAACCGAGAUAUACCGGAGAACCGUUCAGAUACUGCGAACGCAUACAAGAAACUCCUCCAGUGCCUAUAGGCGACCCUUGUCAGCCGUCGCCGUGCGGUCCGAAUAGUCAAUGCCUCAAUGUAAAUGGAAAAGCCAGCUGUUCAUGUUUAUCCAACUAUCAAGGAACUCCUCCCGACUGCAGGCCUGAAUGUAUUGUUAGCACAGAAUGCUCUAUGAAUCGCGCGUGUGUCAAUCAGAAAUGCGUCGAUCCGUGUCCCGGUGUGUGCGGUAUCAACGCAAAGUGCGAUGCCCUGUCUCACAGUCCAUUCUGCAGUUGCGGACCCGGUCAGAAUGGCGAUCCCUUCGUCAAGUGUUUCGACAUGCCCCUAAUGCCUACACCACCACUACAAGUAAAUCCCUGUGUCCCAUCGCCUUGUGGGCCAUUCUCCGUGUGUCAAGACAACGGAGGCUAUCCGUCUUGCACGUGUAUGUCCAAUUACAUUGGAUCACCACCUUACUGUCGCGCUGAGUGUUCAAUUAACUCUGAUUGCACCAGCAAUAAAGCUUGCAUCAGAGAAAAAUGCAGAGACCCCUGUCCUGGAUCCUGUGGUUUUAACGCCUUGUGCACUGUAAUCAAUCAUACUCCGGCUUGCACGUGUCCCGAAGGCUACACAGGCGAUCCCUUCAGCAAUUGUAACUUGGCCCCCAUGCAGAUUCCCACAGUAACAUCAGACCCAUGUAAUCCAUCGCCAUGCGGGCUCAAUGCCGAGUGCCGUAACGGAAUUUGCAAUUGUAUACCUGAAUAUCGUGGCGAUCCGUAUCGAGAAUGUCGGCCGGAGUGCGUACAGAAUUCCGACUGUCCCUUUAAUAGAGCUUGCGCGAAUAACAAGUGCGUUGAUCCCUGCGUCGGAAUUUGUGGCCAAAAUGCAGAAUGCGCUGUCAUCAAUCACAUAUCCACUUGUAGCUGUAUCAAGGAUUACGAAGGCGAUCCGUUCACCCUCUGUAGACGUGUGCAACCACGCGCCAGACCCUGCGAGCCCUCCCCUUGCGGACCCAACAGCGUUUGCCGUGAAUUCGGCGAGCAAGCCUCUUGUUCUUGUCUACCUGGUUACUUUGGAAUCCCGCCGAGCUGCAGACCCGAAUGUCUCGUUAACACCGAUUGCGAGCAAAACAAAGCUUGCGUGAAUAUGAGAUGUCUUAAUCCCUGUGAAAACGUUUGUGGUCGGAACGCGCUAUGCGUCGUACGAAAUCAUAAUCCAAUUUGCAGGUGCCCCGAUCAGCAUUCCGGUGACCCCUUCGUCAACUGUUUCCCCAUAACAACAUCGGAUGUAGAACCCACCAGGAACCCGUGUUACCCUUCACCGUGUGGAUUGAACUCGCAGUGCGCGGUAUCCGUCGAUAAUACACCCUCCUGCUCCUGUUUGUCCACCUUCAUAGGAUCUCCACCCAAUUGUAGACCCGAAUGCCAUGUAAACAGCGAAUGUCCCACCAAUCGAGCAUGCAUUAAGCAGAAAUGUACCGACCCGUGCGUUGGAUUAUGCGGAUUCAAUGCACUGUGCCAAGUCACUUUGCACCAAGCCCGAUGCACCUGUCCCGAAUCAUACACUGGAGAUCCAUUCACAGUUUGCUCUGAGAUAAUAUCGACUCCAGCACUGUCAAUACCAUCUAGACCAUGCAGCCCAUCACCGUGUGGAAUAAAUGCGUAUUGCCACGAGAGAUUUGACACGGCUAUUUGCGAGUGCAUGCCGAACUACAGAGGCAAUCCAUACCAAGGCUGUCAACCCGAGUGUCUUGUGAAUACUGACUGCCCGAAAUCGCAAGCAUGCAUAAAGACGAGAUGUCAAGAUCCUUGUCCUGGUACUUGCGGCGUUGGUGCGAUUUGCACUGUAUCCAAUCACGUUCCUAUUUGUUCUUGUCCAUUGCCAACAAUUGGAGAUGCUUUCACGCUCUGUCAAGUUCCCGUGGAAGAUACUAAAGAAACGGACCCAUGCUAUCCAUCACCAUGUGGUCCGAAUACCGUCUGCGAGAAAAUUGGUAAUACGGCACUUUGCAAAUGUUUGCCUGGACUACAAGGCGUUCCAACAAGUGUAACUGGUUGUCAUCCGGAAUGUAUCCUCAGCUCAGAAUGUCCGGGCGAUAAAGCCUGCAUACUGAGUAAAUGUAAAGAUCCUUGUUCACAGAAUGUGUGCGGCAGCAAGGCGGUGUGUAAGACGAUCAAUCACAGUCCACUUUGCAGUUGCCCAUCUCCGUUGAUUGGCAAUCCCUUCGAUGAAUGUUAUACAAAGAUUGAAACUAAUCCUUGCAGUCCAUCGCCUUGUAAUUCUAACGGCGAAUGCCGAGUGAGAAAUGGUGUCGCAAUUUGUAUCUAUCCUGAGUGCGUUAUCAAUUCAGACUGUCCGCGUGACAAAGCCUGCUUCUCGCAGAAAUGCCGAGAUCCCUGUAUCAGCGCGUGCGGUAUUAAUUCUAUCUGUCAGACUGUUAAUCAUAAACCAAUCUGUUCCUGCCCAGUUGGAUUUACGGGCAACGCGCGAGUGCAGUGUACAAUUCCAACCCUUGAAGAACCAAUCCCAGAAUGCGUACAAAAUUCCGAGUGUUCAAACGAUAAGACCUGCUUUAAUCAAAAAUGCGUUGACCCAUGUACUCUUGAUUCCUGUGGCCUUAAUAGUCGCUGUCACGUACAAAUGCACAGAGCUAUAUGUGUCUGCAAUGAUGGCUAUACCGGAUAUCCUCAGCAAUAUUGCCAUCAACUCGGUUGUCGUAGCGAUAGCGAAUGCCAAUUGAUUGAAUCUUGCAUUAACAAUGAGUGUAUUGAUACUUGCCUGGUUACACAGUGCGGUAUUAAUGCAUUAUGCACCUCUGAUGGAUACCAUAAGACUCGAUGUUAUUGUCCUGAAGGACAUACGGGUAAUCCUUAUGAAAUAUGCGAAAGGCCUGAGUGCACUAGUGACAACGAUUGUGCUCCAUCUUUGGCCUGUCGCAAUUUGAGAUGUGUCAAUCCUUGCAACUGUCCACCACCGGCAUUGUGCAAUGUUGUCAAUCAUCGACCAGUAUGUAAAUGUCCACCUGGUUACGUGGGUAAUCCUUACACCUCGUGUCUUAUGGAUAUGUUAGAACCACAGACCGAAUGUCAAGUCGACGCCGAUUGCCCCAGUAAAUUGGCAUGUUUCAGUGGUAUUUGUAAAGAUCCAUGUGGACAAACAAAACCGUGCAUUGUUAGUGCCAAAUGUAGCGUUGUAGAUACCUUACCGAUGAGAACAAUGAUUUGUGAAUGCCUACCAAACUAUGCUGGCGAUGCCACCGUUGCUUGCGUGCCAGUGGACAAACAAGUUGUUGCGACAUGUGAGAGUGAUUCGCAAUGUGCAGCGGAUAUGGCCUGUCUAAAUCGUCAGUGCAUCAAUCCGUGCACCGUUAAUCCAUGCGCACCAAACGCGGAGUGUUACAUUGAAAAUCAUCGUCGUGCAUGCCAGUGUCCUUAUGGAUAUGCUGGUGAUCCAUUCAUAAACUGCUAUGAAGAAAAUAUAGUUCUUCCGGAAUGUAGAACAAACACUGAGUGCCCGUCCGACAAAGCGUGCAUAAAUCAACUAUGCCAAGAUCCGUGCUCCAGUAAUCGCUGUGGCCUAAACGCAGAAUGUAUUACGAUCAAUCAUCAUCCUUCUUGCCAUUGUCAACAUGGUUUAGCCGGUGAUCCUCAAGCUCAAUGCUUCAGACCGGAAUGUAAGACAGAUAAUGACUGUCCUUAUGACAAGACCUGCCGGAACGACAAUUGCGUCACUCCGUGCCUCAUCGGCGACAUCGUGUGCGGUCGGGGUGCAGAAUGCAAAGCACUGUCUCAUAGAGCCCAAUGCAUCUGUCCGCAAGGUACUCAAGGCGAUCCACGCGUGGCGUGCAUUUCCGCGAUUUGCCAUUACAACGAAGAUUGCGCCGAUCACGAGGCUUGCGACAGACUAAACAGAGUCUGCAGACCGGUUUGUGAUGACGAUGCCUGUGGCGAAGCCGCUAUUUGCGUUGGCCGCGAUCAUCAACCAAAAUGCACGUGUCCUCCGGGUACUACCGGAAAUCCAUAUAUAACAUGCGUUGGUGAACCUUCUAUUGAGCCGGAAUGCACACAGGACAGCGAAUGCGUAUUGAAUCUCGCUUGUAUUAACACCAAAUGUCAAGACCCGUGUUUGUCCAGCGCUGGUAUGUGUGCCAGUGAACAGGAGUGUAAAGUGUUGAACACAGUACCGCUUCGUACAAUGAUCUGUUUAUGUCCACCUAAUACGAUUACCGAUGUUAACGGCCAGUGCAAACAAAUUGUGUUGGGCGAUGUACAAUGUCAUCUGGAUCAAGAUUGUGCCAACCAUGAGACGUGUCUGGACGGAAAAUGCGUGGAUGCCUGUUUGACAACUCAAUGCGGUUUUAAUGCGCAAUGUAAAUCUACGUCUCACACUGGCAUCUGCUUCUGUUCGCAGGACUUCACCGGCAAUGCUUACAUAGAAUGCAUAAGAGUUCCAGUUGUUCCAUUGCCAGGACCUCGACCAGAAUGUUACGCGAACAGCGAAUGUACGCACGAUAAACAAUGCAUAAAUUCGCUUUGUGUAAAUCCGUGCGUUGCUAGCGAUCCUUGCGGCAAGAACUCUUUAUGCCAUGUUGACAAUCAUAAUCCGAUCUGCAAGUGCCCAAUUGGCUACAUUGGUGAUCCUUUGAUCAAAUGCAUACCACCGGAGAUCACCCCCGAGUGCGUAUCGAACAGCGAAUGCGCAGGAAAUUAUGCGUGUGUUAACGCUGCAUGCAUUAAUCCAUGCAACUGCGGACCCAAUGCCAAAUGCAAUGUUGUAAAUCAUUAUCCUUCUUGUGUAUGUCCUCCGGGCUAUUCUGGAAACCCUCAAUUAGGAUGCUUUAAACUUGACUGUGAAUCUGACAGCGAAUGUGACUACGCGGCCACCUGCUACAACGGCCAAUGCGUGAACCCUUGUAUUUUGGAUAAUAAAUGCGCUAUCAACGCAGAAUGUUACGGCAAGAAUCAUCGGUCAGCCUGUCGUUGUGGUCUGGGUUACUUCGGCAAUCCGCAAGUUCAUUGCGAGAGAGUCGAGUGUAAUACUGACCACGAUUGUCCAUACAAUUUGGCUUGCAACGACGGUCGCUGCAUAAAUCCAUGCGCAGAGAAUUCACCUUGUGCGCAGAACGCGGUUUGCUACGUUCAGGAUCAUGUUGCAUCUUGCCGUUGCCCCGAAAACCUUCCUCUGGGAAAUCCAUUCUCCUAUUGCGAGCGGCAUGCUGCGGAGGAAUUUGAGGAGCCAGAAUGUAGGGUUGACAUCGAUUGUUCGGACAAGUUGGUGUGCAUCCGGGAGAAAUGCAUUGAUCCUUGCCCGGUCAUUAAGCCGUGCUUGGAGAACGCUCGUUGUGACGUUCUCGACACGGUACCUAUAAGAACUAUGAUUUGCACAUGCCCAGAGGGCUGGAUUACUGACGUCGACGGUGUAUGCAGGCCAAUACAACUGACGGUCAUUGGAACGUGCACCACGAACGACGAUUGCGGCGAUCGUGAGUCAUGUAUCAAUAGGCAAUGUCGCAACCCCUGCAACUGUGGUACCAACGCCGCUUGUUACGUGAAGAAUCACAAACCUAUCUGCUCGUGUGAACAGGGCUAUCAGGGUAAUCCCGAAAUCGCCUGUCACUCCGUCGAGUGCCGGCACGAUAGUCAGUGCACGCUUGAUAAGACUUGCAAAAAUAAUAACUGCGUAAAUCCAUGUCUAAUCACGGACCCGUGCGGCACCAAUGCUGAAUGCUUCCCUAACAACCACGUGGCCGAUUGCCGCUGCCGCAAAGGCUAUCAUGGUAAUCCCCUGGAUCGCUGCCGCGUGAUCGGCUGCUACAGCAACGGCGACUGUCCAGGCGAUCAUUCGUGCAUCAACAUGCAAUGCAUCGAUCCCUGCAUUCAUGGCAAUCCCUGUUCGCCUCGCGCGGAAUGCAGAAUUUUGAACCAUCUGCCAAUAUGCCGCUGCCCGUCGGGCUUUACCGGAAAUCCAUAUAUCAAUUGCCAACCGGAAGUCAGACCUGAGUGCAGAGAGGACAGUGACUGUCCGGACUCACUCGCCUGUCUGAGCAACAAAUGCCAAAUUCCGUGUCCAAUUAUACAACCGUGCAUCGAGCCGGCUGAGUGUCGGGUCUUGCCAACGCAUCCGAUACGCACCAUGGUAUGCGUGUGCCCUAGCGGAUACGUUAGCAGCGGUAGCGGUACUUGCCGAGCUACUACACCGAUUCUCAAAGUCGAAUGCACCAAAGAUGACGAUUGUCCUUCGGAGCGAUCCUGCGUGAACGCGAUUUGCAGAGACCCGUGCGCGUGUGGGCCCAACGCGGUUUGCAAUGUCAUCAAUCACAAACCGAUAUGCUCGUGUACGCUGGGAUACGACGGAAAUCCGGAUAUUCUUUGUACCAGAGUUGCAGGAUGCAGAACGGACGGUGAUUGUAGCGGUUCGCAUGCGUGUGUCCAACGCAAUUGCGUGCCGGUGUGCUCGCCGUCUUAUGCUUCCUGCGGCAAGAACGCCGUAUGUCAGGGUAUCAAUCACAAGGCAAUUUGCGAAUGUCUACCUGGCUUUGGUGGCAAUCCGCGGGUCUCUUGUGUCCUGCUAGGAUGCAGAACCAACUCGGACUGCCCUACCAAUAAGGCUUGCAUUAAUAACCGCUGUGAAAAUCCUUGUACACUGAAUCCGUGCACUGGCAACAUGGACUGCAACGUUUACAAUCACGUCGUGGAAUGCGCGUGUCCACCUGGCUAUGUUGGCGACGUUGAAUCAGGGUGUACUAAGGUUAAAGAAAAGUGCAAAGCAGACAAUGAGUGCCCGUCUCAAACCGCGUGUUUCAAUGGGCAAUGUAUCAAUCCGUGUACCAAGAUCGCACCGUGCGGUAUUAAUGCCGAGUGCAAAGUUUUGGACACCAGCCCAAUCAGGACCAUGAUAUGCGAAUGUCUCCCAGGAUACCGUGGAAACGCGCUUGUUCGCUGCGAUCUAGUUCCAGCGGAAGCGUGCCCAAUCGGAAAAGGCUUAGUUCGCGAUGAAUACGGCAAUUGCGUUUGCCCGACUGGAUUCGGCAAAGACGCGGACAACGUCUGCAUACCUUGCGGCAGGCAGUCUAACAUGGUGAUAAACGAGGAAGGCUAUUGCGUGUGCGACUUAGAAAAGGGUUUCAGCAUAGACGAAUAUGGUCGCUGCGUAUGUCCGACGCGGUACGGAUACGGAAUAGACACCGAUGGAUAUUGCAGACAGAUCGAUAUAAUCGAGUGCAGACGUAAUGACGACUGCGCCGACGACAGGUACUGCGAUAAAGUCACUCAUACUUGUCAGGAUCCCUGUAAGAAGCAGCAAUGUGGCGUGCAUGCCCUUUGCAAUGCUACUAGACAUCAAGCUGUCUGCAUCUGCGUCAACGGCUACAUGGGCAAUCCCUACACCCAAUGCUAUGACAAAAAGGAUGGUCGAACAGAUUUCCCUAGACCGGAAAUGGAUGUGAGUUGCUUGUCGGACGGAGUACAGGUCGUAAUACAUCUGCAAGAUCAAGACUUCGACGGAGUCUUGUACGUUAAAGGACGCAGCAAAGACGAACAAUGCAGAAGAGUUGUUUCGAUACCAGCUGAAACGGAUCAUAAAACAGAGACGUUUAAAGUUGCAUUUGGCAAUUGCGGACUUAUACACGUGAACGGACAGGCUAGCUUCGUACUCGUCAUACAGAAACAUCCAAAAUUGAUGACUUACAAAGCACAGGCUUACCAUAUUAAAUGUAUAUAUCAAACUGGAGAACAAAACGUUACCCUUGGCUUUAAUGUCUCUAUGUUGACGACUGCCGGAACCAUUGCUAACACCGGUCCACCACCUAUAUGCGUAAUGAAAAUAGUUGCGCAGAAUGGAAAUGAAAUUAAUUCAGCCGAAAUCGGAGAUAAUCUAAUGCUCCAAGUGGAAGUUCAACCUUCAACUAUUUAUGGUGGAUUCGCGCGAAAUUGCGUCGCUAAAACUAUGGAAGACAAUUUGGAGAACGAAUACAUCGUGACGGAUGAGAAUGGUUGCGCGACAGAUCCCACGAUAUUUGGAGAAUGGGAGCAAAAUCCUGAGACUCAGUCUUUAAUGGCUAGUUUUAAUGCAUUUAAAUUCCCCAGCAGCGACAAUAUAAGAUUCCAGUGCAAUAUACGCGUUUGCUUCGGGCGUUGUCAACCUGUAAACUGUCGCGGUUACAAUGCCUUCGGCCGUCGUCGCAGAGACGUUGAUUCUGAAAUUAAUGACACAUCUCUAAGUGUAACCGAUGGAUAUGAAGGUCAACUUCGCGAAGAGAUAACUAUUCAAUCAAACUUAAUAUUCACUCUGGAAAGGAGAGAAGAAAGAUAUACAGCAGAUCCAGCUGAAGCUCCUUCAGCACAAAGGAUGGAAGAUAUCUGUGUUUCUAUGGUCGGCUUUAUUAUAGCGUUAAUAAUUACGGCGCUCUUGGCACUGGUUGCUGUAGCUAUCGCUGUGUCAUGCUGGCUUAUGGCGUAUCGACGUCAGCCAAAGACUGCUGGACCACUGCCACACCCACCAGAGUUCCCAAACCCUCUGUUCACUACUGAAUCUGUAGCUGAACCUUCUCCUGACUAUCACCUAUCAUAAGUCCCUUAGAGUAAUAUUUUAUAAAUAACAUAAAUUUUUAUAAUUAUCGUGGAAUACAUCUCAGACCAUUCGUCCUAUUGGUCGGUUUUGUAUUUCUGUACACAACUCCUCCAAUGACUAUCACUUCGUUUCUUUGUACUCUCUUUUCAAGGGUUCAAACAAUAAGUCACUGUUAUACAUUACGAGUCAUGAUAUAUACAUACUAUUUAUGGUGAUGGUUUGCUUCCAUUAUCUACUUACGAGCAAAAAUACGGGACUAUCUUUCCUUCAUGUAUCUUUUUUGUAUUAUUUUCUCUAGUCAGUGGAGGAUUUGUUAAGUAUAAUGCUGCGAAUUUAAUUCCUGUGUAAAGUCAACGAAUUAGUCUAAUAUAGCUUUCUUAUUGCGAAAAUAGGUAAUUGUACAUUUUAUCUAAUAAAACGCUAACGAAAUAUUUUUAAAAA